GAACACGGUACAACGCAAAAGCGAGAUUACGAUGACAGAUGCUUUCAUGAAGUGCACGGAAACGGUGCAAUGACAAUAUGAGUGCGCCCGGUAAGGACCCUGGGGAAGACCCCAAUAAAGCCCCGGACAGUCCCAGAAGCCCGGCGAGCAAGCGGCUCAAGGAGAGGGUCAUCUUCUUCGAGGAGCUCUGGACCGGCUCCAAGCCGGGAGCCUCUGGAGAGGGCUUCCACGCGGAGGACAGAGCCAAGGAUGCGGGGCAAAGUCAUACGGACGGCGCUGCCCAGAGGCACACGCCUUCCUCGUCGCCAAAGCAUGUUGUGCAACACACUCAAGAUGUCAAUCCCGACGGCAGCUUUCAGGAAACCUACACGACGACCACUCAAGAAGGCGAUCUAGCGACCGGCGUCAAAACCGUAAAAUUCGAAAAAGUAACAGUUCGCAAGACUGUCCGCCAAGUAACGUCCAGCUCUAGCACCACGUCCAUCCGCCAUUUGGUGAGCAGCAGCCGCACGCCUUCUGAAGAGCUGGUCUUGGAAGACUCCGCUUAUUUGACGCAAUCUAGCGGAAACUUGGCUUCCACCUCGAAAACUUCGAGCGCCAGUUCCCUGACGGGGAAGUUUCCUUCGGAGGAGAGCCUGAGGGAGGCUUCCACCAAAGAGCCGAACAGCAAAGAAGAUUGGGACAGGGAUAGCAACAGUAGUAAAGUGACUAGUUCCAGUUCAGAGUGGUACAGCGAGUACAGGACUCAUAGCUUUAACACAGGAUCAGCCAAGUUGGAGUUUGUCAGGAGCAAGUCGCAGUACGACGAACACAUUGCACACAUCAGAGAUGAGCAAGAGCGAGUACAGAAGAAAACUUUCGUCAACUGGAUCAAUUCUUAUCUGUCUAAGCGAGUUCCACCGCUUAAGAUAGAUGAUUUGAUCGAAGACUUGAAAGAUGGAACUAGACUACUAGCUCUACUGGAAGUGCUGUCUGGUGAAAAACUGCCUGUGGAGAGAGGCAGAGUUUUGAGAAGACCCCACUUCCUAAGCAACGCCAACACGGCCUUGCAAUUUUUAACUGGAAAAAGAAUCAAACUAGUCAACAUAAACGCUAGCGAUUUGGUGGAUGGGAGACCACCGGUCGUUCUAGGACUUAUUUGGACAAUUAUUUUGUACUUCCAGAUCGAAGAAAAUCGAAGACAACUGGAAUAUCUGACACAAUGGGGAAGCACCAGCAGUCUGGAGAGCGCCGGUACGACUUCCUCAAAAGAAAAAUGGAAGCAGGGAGCCAGGAAGACGCUCCUCCAAUGGGUUUCCAACGCCCUUCCUAGCGACUCAGGAAUAGAAAUCAAAGACUUCGGCUCCAGCUGGAGGGAUGGCGUAGCCUUCCUCGCCAUUAUUGAUGCCAUAAAGAAGAACUUGGUCAACAUCGCCGAGAUGAAGAAGGCUUCCAACAGGGCUCGCCUGGAAACCGCCUUCGAUGUAGCCGAAACAGAACUAGGAAUCACGAGACUUCUAGACCCCGAAGACGUAGACGUACCCAAACCUGACGAAAAAUCGAUUAUGACUUACGUGGCCCAGUUCCUCCACAAGUAUCCAGAACCGAGAAGCACCGGUCCUGAUGCCAUCGCAGCCAUCCAGGAACAGUACAGCGAAUUACUCUCUUGGCUGAUGAAGAAGACUCAAUACUUGGAACACUUGCAACAGACAAACUCUUUACCUCUGAAUUACAAUGAGUACUUGGCUUUCAAAUCCGAAGUGGAUGACAAGGAAGCCUUAUUUGAUAAACUUAAGCGCCUUAUAGAAUCUCAAAGUGUCAUUUCCAUAGCUAAGGAAAGUUGGUUUGAUAUUAACAAAUUAUGGAAAAAGCUGCAGCAACAGCUAUUGUACUGGCUUUGGCUCUUGGACUCUCGCUUACCGGGGGAUUUUAAGUUCGUGGGAGAAUGGUUAGCCAGAGCUGAGAAACUUAUAUAUUGCGACGAGAUUCCCACGACAAUGAACGAAGAAACCGCUGCUAUUAUCAGCAGGAAACUAGAAGAACACAAAGCGUUCUUCGUCGACUUACCCACAGUGCAACAGAGGUUUGCGCAAGCUUGUCAGAGUCCUUUAGCCAGAGAAGUGCCUUCCGAACAGUUAAAUAAUAUGGCUGUUAGACUGAAUGAUAUUGGACCUAAAGCUACCCAACGAAGAGUUCGACUGAAGUUCCUUGAACAUAAGUGCUGCCUUAUUGCAUUUUUGCAACUUACCGAGACCAAACUGAAAGCCUGGACCGCCAAGUAUGGCAGGGCAGAAAAAGUAAUACAACUGCUAGACCAGUACCGCAAUUUUGUAUCUAAGAACCACAUAUUCCAAGAAUUCAAUAAAGCCUUUAUUGAUAUGCAGGCUGUCAUCGAAGAAUACAGAAGAGACGGAAAUGUUGACAAGAAAGAAUUAUCCGAAAUAGAUGGAUUUAUGCGAGACAUAGCAGGCCGUUGGAAAAACGUCUCUAUGGAACUGAGAUGCGUACAAAGUAUGCUCGAGGAAGUCGUAGCCUACUGGAGACGUUGGGAUUCAUUAUCUACAGAAUUUGAAAAUUGGUUGGAUAAAGCCGAGAAAGCGCUCGAUUUCCAAGAAGAAGAAAAGAUGGAAUUUUUCCAAGAUAUCAGCGUUUGGAGAGACAAUUAUCAACUUCUUGGAGAUACUGUUAGCUUCCUCAUAGCCACAUGUGAAGAUCAAAUAGCUCUGGAACUUCGUGACCGCUACCAGGCAAUAACCGACAGAUGGGACAAGAUCUAUCCACAAGUAAAUAAGUACAGCCACGCUGGUGAUAUUUUGAGGAACCGCAAAGAUUUCAGAGCGGGAGUAGAAGUGUUAUCCAAUUGGUUGAGAAAAGCAGAGGAUGUUUUGAACUCGCCAAGUUUAGGAUCCAUGGAUAGAAUUAGACAACACACAAAGAAUCUUAUGGGUCUCCAGGGUGAAGUUGAAGAGAUUGAAAAUCUUUUUAAGAACAUAAGUAAGGCUUUUCAAACAUUAAUUCAAGAUCUAUCGAGGGAAGAAGUUGAGAAGAUGAUGACCGUCCUUAAACACGAGAAAGAAGCAUUAGUUAAAGUCCGGGCGUUAAUUCCAUCCCAAAUUCAUUUAUUCAACCAACUCCUGAUUCAACAAGAAUCAUUAGAAGCUGGUCAGCGCGAGAUUAACAGUUGGUUAGACAAUGCAGAGGGCCUUCUUAGUAGUUUAACUUUAGAAGGGGACAAAGAACAACUUAAAGAACAAAUAGAUAAAGUGAAACAGUUCUUUACUAGAACGCUUUAUUACCGGUCGAUGUUGGAUAGUAAAAAUAAGGUGAUGAACAAUAUCGUCAAAUCUGUAGAUCAAGCUAGUAAUCCCGAUGUUGCCAAUAUGACUGCCAAGAUGGAACAACUAAACGAUAGAUUCGACUACGUAACACAGAAUUCCCAACUAUGGGAACAAAGACUGCAAGAAGCCAUGCGUUGCUGGUACAACUUCUCGGAGUGCCAAAGAGUAAUUUCAAACUGGCUGAAUCAAGCUGAAAAAUUAACGCAGGAGAAACGAAUAGAUAACAAAGAGACUGUUGAAGAACAUAAAAAUUUCUUCCAAUCCGUCAACGAAAGAUGGAUCCAUGAUUUGGUACAAAGCGCCCAAGAUCUAUGUAAUUGCCUCCCAAAAGAUCAACAUGCUCCCAUUUUAGCAUCCGUUAAUCAACUACAAAACAAAUGGAAAGAAAUAUUGUCAUUCGCACCGUUACAUUUGAUGAGGCUAGAGUUCAGAUUAGACGAAACUACUUUCAAUUAUUACAUUAAAGAUAUAGAGAAGGAGAUUAAUAACGAACAUUUGGCUUACAGUAAACAGGAAAAUGUCGAAUCUAUAAUUUCAAGAAACAAAGAAUACUUUUCCUCUAAGGGUCCUUUAGUUGAAACUCGACACUGCUUAGAAAGUUUGAUGAAAUUAUCGACUGCGUAUAGUACACAUUAUCCGAAAGAUAAGAGCUUGGAGGAAUCAGUGGAAAAAGCCCAACAGCAGUGGAAGGAUGUGAAUAUUAAAAUAGAAAAUCUGAAACAACAUCUGGAUCAAAUACCUGAGAAGUGGCAAAAUUAUCAUGACAAAUUCAAUGAAAUGAGUAAGUGGAUGGAUGGUGUAGAUAACGCAUUGAAGAAUAUCCUAAACGAUGUUAACACCAUGGAAGAAUUCGAAAGGGAGAAGGCCAUAUUCCAGAACAUUUGCAAAGAAGCGGAUUCUAAACGAGAAGACAUGAAGUGGUUGGUCCAAACUUUAGACUCUUUAACUUCCCAUUGUCCAGAAAAUCAAGCCAUUCUAGAACAAAAGAAUCUAGAGGCUCUCAUUAUACGUUAUAAAAAUUUAAUACCUUCUUUAGAAAUAACUAUGGUCAAGACCGAUACAUUAUCCAAUUGUUAUACCUACCGAAGAGAAGUAAGAGAAGUGUGCCAAUUACUCAAACAUGUCCGCGAACAAUCUAAACGUGGAAGCAGACCUAAAUCUUUGGAAAAAGUACCAGAGAUGAUUCGCCACCAAGAAGUUGCCAUUUCGCAGUUAGAUCAACAAAGAUCAAAUAUUAUGUCGCUGCUACAGAAAGGUAAAGAACUGAGUAAAGAUGUCAAUGCUCCAAGUUUUAUGCCACAAGAAGUUAAAACGCUAGAAACUGGAUGGACUGAUACUUACGAUACAACAGUAGACACUUUACAUAAAUUGAUAGGAACACACCAUGUAUACACAAGUUACACUGAGCAAAAGCAAGAAAUCCUCAAGGUUGUACAACAAGCUGAACAUGAGUUGCAACGAGUACAACCAUCAAGAGGCGUUGCUUCGGAUCUCAUAAUUAAACAAGAACUAGUAACAAACUUACGCCAAGCAACAGAAGAUACGUUAAACAAACUUAGAGAACAGUGUGCUCAGUUAUCUAAACAAGCUCCAGAACAACAAAAGGAACUAGAAAACGAAGUACAACAAAUCGAACAUCGUCUUAAUACUACUUUAACAAACGUCACCGAACGAGUUGUUAUGAUGCAACAAUACAGCCAGAAAUGGACUACUUUCCAGACUAGACUCAGUCAAUUACAAAAGUGGACUGUCCAAGAAGCUCCGCAAUUAUUGUCCUCUGUAGAGGAAGACGCAAAUUCGCCUGAGGAUAAGGUGCAAAAGGCUGAGAUAUUACAAAAAGAAGUUGUUCACAAAAUAAAACUGCUGGAUGAGUUAGGCAACGAAGCUUCUCAACUUUUGACGGAAGACACUCCUGAAGCCAAAAAACUUCAAGCCGAAAUGGUAGCUCUUCAAGAUCAUGUUGUAGCAUUAAACAAAUCAGUGGAAGGCCAAACUGCAAUCAUUACCAAAGACAUGAAAAAUUGGAAAACAUAUCAAUCAAGCAUACAAGAAAUCAAACCCUGGAUUGAGAAGGCAGAACUUAAAGUUCAGACCGGACUACCAAAGCCUGCAACCCUCGAAGAAGCCGUACAACUUCAAAAUCAAACCAAACAGUUCGGAAAAGAAAUUGAUCAACAACUGCAAAAACUCCAAGGUGUGGCAAGUUUAACGCAAAAGAUAUCUAUGAAAACUAAUGCGCCAGAUGAAGUCGAUGCCAUUCAAACAAGAUGGACAACUGUGCAUGAUACGACGGCUCAAUGGGGGCAAAAAUUAGACAAAUUAGUAGCUAACUGGUUAGAAUUUGAUAAAAAUGCUCAGCAUCUAGAGAACUGGAUAAUUAAGAGUGAAGAAGCGUUAACCGCUCAUCCAAUUAAUAUUAACACGCCCAAUGUAGAUAAACUCGAGAAAGAAUUAGCAAAACUGAAGACAUUUAACAACGAGAUUUCCGAGCAGCAAGCAAAAUUAAUAUCAUUAACUCAAAGUUCCGAUAGUAUUAGUUACAGUGUAGCUCCCCAAGGAGCCAACUUAGUAAAAGAACAGGUGCAAACUUUAAAAUCCAAAGUGUCACAACUUGCUGAAAGUGUGCGAGCGAAAAUCAAUGAAGUGUCUGAUGCUAUUCUGGCUAAACACGAUUUCCAAACUAAGGUUGCCGAAUAUUCCAAUUGGCUGGAAACAAUGAAAGCAAACGUAGCACAAAUAGAUGAGGUACCCGCAGACAAAGUGGAAGCCGCCUUAUUGAAUAUUCACAACUUAUUGCAAGAACAUUCUGAAAGACAGCCCAUAUUCAAUACAAUUUAUAAAGAAAUUAAAGAUAUAUCUCUCCAGUCACCUCAAAAGGAAUUAGAGCCUUUAACACAAGAAUACACGACAAUAGUGAAGAACAACCAAGAAGUCGAACAUACUUUGCAAGAGAAGAGAAGUCAACUGCAGAAAUGGAGUGAACUUUUGAACUGGCAUGUUGACACUGCAAACCAGUUAUCGCAUAUUAAAUAUCAAGCCGAUAGUGGAAAGAUUUCUCCCGAAACGUUGCAAAAACUUAUAUCUGAGACGAAUACUGUCAUAGACAAAGUCAUUACUUGGAAGCAAGCAGCACCUGCAAUUGAUAAAAGUCAGAACAUUAUUAUAUUAGAUAAACAAACAGGAUUGCCCAGAACUGCAGAUAAUAUCGUCAGAGAGAUUGAAGUUAGUGCUAUCAAUAUAAAAUCACAAUUAGCUGAUAAGUUAGAUGGAUUGCAGAAGUUAAAAGCCCACUGGAAUCAAUUCAAUACGUUAAAACAAACGGUUGUUUCGCAUUUGGACAAGACAAAAGACGCUUUACAGGCAAUAAAAAAAGAGGUAAAUCACUCAAGCGACUUGCCUAAAGCGGUCGAAAACUUAAAUAAACUCUUGGAAGAUCAACUCGGAAAAAGUUCAGCGAAGGAAGAGCUCCGUAAAGAAGCAUUACAACUCAUGAAAGAAGAUGUGCAAAAUAUUUCCGUUAUACAAAACUCCAUAUCUGUGAUAGAAAGCAAUUGGAACAAGGUUAACGAAGAAAUAAAAGACGAAAACUUGAAAUUGUCCGACAUUAUAUUUGCGUGGAAUGAAUUCCAAGCUGCAAAAGAUAACGUAGUAAAAGAUAUUGGAAAAAUUGAUAAAACAAUCGAAAACCUUGAAGUACCAAACGAUGUAAUUCAAGCUAAUGUUAACCUGGAGAAAGCAAAGAAAGCGCUUGAUGCGAUAAAAAAAUCAAAGUCGGCAUUAGAAAAAGCAGAUAGUAAAGGUCAAACUAUCAUUAAAAAAGCAGAGAACAUUCCAGGCAUCGAGUCGGAGGUAAAAAGAGACAUGCAAAUAGUAAACGAUGUUUGGUCCAAGAUUUAUGAAAAAAUUGUAAAGGUUGUUCAGAAAACCGAAUCCCAAGCAACCAUCUGGAAACAUAUUGAGGAUACGAAAUGCACUUUGCUUCAGUGGAUUAGCGAUCAGAACAAAGCAUUACUUGCAGCAGCUGAGAAACCUAAUGAAUUAGAAGCAGCUGCAUCAAAAUUAGCUAAAUACAGAGAAGAACUACCUGCGCAUCAAAGACUUAAUCAAAGCAUACCUCACAAAUAUGCUCAGCUAGUAAAACUUACUGAUGGAAGAGAAAUACCAACUAUUCAAACAUUAGUACAACUUCUUAAUGAUCAAUUUGAAGAAUUAGAAUCCAACGCUCAAAGAUUGCAAUCUAUCACUAGUACAUUCGGGGAAAACGAAAAAAGUAUUCGUGACGAUAUCAAAAAUAUAAGCAAUAAAGUGUCAACUAUUAGAGAAGAAAUCAUUAAAUGCGAAGAUCUAUCAGGAGAUAACGCGAAAAUCGUAGAAAGACUGAUAAACGUACGUCAGCUGAAACAAGAGUUACAACAAUGUGACAGCGGCAUAAAGAAGAUAGAUCAAGACAUACAACAAAUGAAACAAACAUAUCCCAGUUUUGGAGAAAGUACUGUCCCUAAAGAACAACAACUUCUAAAGAAACGUUUUGAUGCGAUCCUUACUCACGGAAAUAAAAUUGAAAAUUCCUUGCUAUCUUUCCUUAAGAAGUUCCACAAUGAAAAAUAUGGAGCUUUGCAAAGAAUUAUUGCUACGCAUCGAGAAAAAAUUCAGUGGUGUUUGCCAGAACCAGCCAGCGACAAAUAUAAUUUGCAAGUAAAAUUAAAUGCUUUAGAACCUGUUCAGGCAGCUUUAGCAGACUGUGAAACACGCAAAGUAGAAUUAGAGAAUUCUAUCCAACUAUUACAACAAACAGAAACACCAGAAUCAAUAAAACUAUUAAACGCAGAAAAGGACCAUUUACUACUAGAUCUUGAUAACUUGAAGCAAGAAUAUGAAACAACCAAAAACCUUCUUGAAAAUGAUAUUUUACUCCACGAAAAAUAUGAACAAAUAUCAGAAACUGUGGCCAACUGGCUGAAAAAUAUGGAAAAUAGAGUUAAAACUGAGAGCACAUUGCAAAUGGAUUUGGACAAUAUCGACAAGAAAAAUAAGGAAAUAUCGAAGCUUCUUACGGAAGUAAAAGAUUUCGAGAAAGAAAUUAAAAAAUUAACACCUAUUAGUGAACAACUAGUUAAGGAAAUGCCAGAAUCUAGAGUUACUCAAUAUGUACAACAUUUAAAUACGAGAUAUACGGCAAUCAAUAAAUUCCUGACGCAUUAUAUAGAAAAGCUGGAUGAACUGAAUAAAUAUAAAGAACUAUACAGAAACAGUAUCAAAGAUGUGGAAGAUUGGUUAGUCCAAGCUGAGGAAAAAGUAAAAUCGUUUUCACAAAUCGCUAAAAAACCAAAUCAAGCGACCUUAGAAGAACUGAAAAAAUUCGCUAGUGAAAAAGAGAGAGGUCAAGCAUUAUUAGCAAAGGCGGUAGAACAUGGAGAGGCGUUGUUCUCUGGUAUUACUCCUGAAAACAGAGACGCUAUACGGGCUGAAUUAAGGAACUUAAGAGAUAAAUCAGAAGUACUCAUAGACAAGGUCAAUUCCAUAUACAAACAAGUUGAAGCAACACUAAUGCAACGCCACUCCUUUGAUGAUAGUCUUCACCAAGUCAAAUUGUGGAUUACUGAUGCUGAGACGAAACUGGGUGAUGAAAUGAAGCUUGACGCUACCCUUUUGGAUAAAAAACAAACGCUGCACAAUUACAAAACCCUUUCUCAAGACGUUAACCUUCACAAAAAUAUAUUGAAACAAUUGCAAGAUAAAAUUGGAAACCUAAAUGAUGCUGACGCCGAGUCCAAACUUAAUGAAAAUCUUAACAAUUAUAACAAACUCGCUCAAGAAGUGAGCAGGAGAAUCGAAUUAUGUGAAGAAUAUGUUGCAAAUCACGAAGCGUUUAAUCAAGCUAUAGAAAAAUGCCAUGACUGGUUAAGUGCUUUAACAGCGGAAGCAGCUUUGCUUGUUGAUGAAUCUUCUUCUGAAACACCAGAAGCUAAGUUAACGAUAGUUGAAAACCUUUUGUCCCAAAAAGAUGAGGGAGAUAAAAUUAUUGCCUCAUGUAGAGAACAGUUAGAAGUUGUAGUAACCCAAACAGCUCCUAGUGGUCAUCCGUCAUUGAUUAAUAGUUUUGACGAACAAGAAAAAUCUUGGAGACUUUUCUUAGAACUUUGCUCUGAUGCACAAGAAAAACUAAACGAGAUUAACAAUCAAUAUGCAGAAGUUGGUAAGAUUUUGGAUAGUCUAGAAGCAUGGCUCAAGGCAAAGGAAAGUCAAGUUAAAGACCAGAGUUUAAGGAAUACCGAAGAUGCGAAACGGUCUCAUUUGGAAAAGCUCAAAUCACUGGAAAAAGAAAUACUAACCAAAGAAGCAGAAUUUAAUAACUUUACAGAAAUGAUUAAAAAUAUAGAAACAGAUGCUAAAGUCUCACAGUUAUCUACGAGAUACCAAUCCCUCAAAAACGCAGUUAGGGAAAAUGUUAACAGAUAUGAAGGAUUUGUCAAAGAACAUCAUGAAUUUAACCAAGAAUACAAUGAAUUCUUACAUUGGUUGUCAGAUAAAGAGGAGGAACUGCAAAAUUUAUGUCAUAUUGUUGGAGACCUAAAUGUUCUUCAAAAUAGACAGCAAGAAAUAAAAGAUCUCAUAGAUGAACGAAACCAAAGAAGUGUUCAAUUUGAAAACUUAAUAGAAAAGGGAGAGAAGUUGUACGCUCACACUUCACCCGAUGGUCGAGAAAUUAUAAGACAACAAUUGAGGAAUUUGAGGACAAUUUGGGAUACAUUUGCAGAUGAUUUACAAAACUCGACAAAUAAACUAGACCAAUGUCUAACUCAAUUUUCAGAUUUCACAGCUACACAAGAACAACUGACAAAAUGGCUCCGAGAUGUAGAGAAAGCCAUGCAUCAGCACACUGAACUAAAAUCAACAUUGCAGGAAAAGCGAGCUCAAUUGCGAAAUCACAAAAUUAUGCAUCAAGAAAUCAUGUCCCAUCAACAGUUAGUGGAGACCGUAUGCGAUAAAGCUCAGCAACUAGUAGACCAAACACAAGAUAAAUCUCUAAAUGUUUACUUACAGUCAAUAAAACAACUAUUCCUUAGUAUCGUAAGUAAAUCAGAAGAAUUAUUGAAAAACUUAGAGGACUGUGUAGAUAAACACAGUAAUUAUAACCAACAAGUGGCAUCAUUUAAAGACUGGAUUAAUGAACAAAAUGAGAAACUUCAAGAAUACGACAACGUCAGCGGUGAGAAAGCAGACAUUUCUAAGCGAAUAGCAAGCAUAAACUUACUCAAGAAUAACAACAGAGAAGAAGGUACAAAAUUACUUGCAAAUAUGAAAGAAAAGGUAAUAGCAGUUGCUAAAAGCACAGCACCAAAAGGUGUCGAAGUAUUAAAGAAAGAACUAGAAGAAAUGCAAGAACUCUUAAAUCAACAUUUGAAUGACGUGGAUACAGCCCUGAACAAACAAAACAAUGCGUUGAGACAAUGGGAAGAUUUUGAAAAUACAUUAGAGGAUCUCACCCAAUGGUUUAAGAAUACCGAAGCUAAAUUUAGGGACCAGCCACUACAAGCUACAUUGUCCGAAAAAGAAAAUCAACUUAAACUUUUCCAAAAACAACGAGAAGAAGUAUCGGCUAAAGAAAAAGUAAUCGAUCACUUCAUUGAUAGGAGUCACACUCUUCUGCAAUCCAGUGGUGCCCAAAGAAUUAAACCGAUUGCAACACAAAUAAGUACCAAGUUCCAAAAUCUGCACAGUUUGACCAAAGAUGUCAUAAAUCGCUGGCAGGGAAUUGUUGAUGAUCACGUUAAAUAUCAACAAAAACUUGAAGAAACAUCGAGUUGGUUGGAACCUCUCGAGGAACAUUUAGCCGUAUUGCAAAAAGGUGAUUUAGCAAACAAUGUAGAGGCCACCACUAACCGACUGCAAGUACUUUUAUCUGAAAGAGAACAAGGAGAACAUAAGGUGAAUUCUUUGACAUUACUCGGUGAAAGGCUGUUACCAGACACUGCGACUCAAGGAAGGGAAAUUGUUAGAAAUGAUAUUAGAAACAUCCGUGAAAGAUGGGACAAACUUGUUGAAGGCAUUAAAGAACAACAGAAGCUCCAAGAUGCACAAAGCUUACAGUUGUCUAGUUACCAAGAUAUGUUGCAACAGGCUCUGGCUUGGUUAGAUUCUAUGGAAAAACAAGUCAAAGUGGAACCAUCUUCAUGGGUGUCCAUGCAAGAAGUAAGAGGAAAGCUUUUGAAACACAAAACGACCUAUCAGGAAAUCUUAGCACAUAAAAGGAUUAUUGAAGGAGUUACUGAGAAAGCUCAGACACUUGUCCAGCUAACAAACAACAAGGAAAAGACGGCUGAAGUUGAAGAAAGCGUCAAGUCCAUUAACGACCGUUACCAAAAUCUAGCGAAAGCGGCCCAAGGCAACAUUAAACAGUUGGAAGAUUGCUUGGAAGUCUACCAACAAUUUUACGAUUUAUAUAAAGCACAACAGGAUAACCAGAAACAGCUUUGGGAUAAACUUAACAGCUAUGUAGAUUAUGGCGGCAACAAGCAAAUACUUGAGCAGAGACUAAACAAUAUUAAUGAUAUACAAGACCACUUACCUGAAAGUAAUAUCAAGCUCAAGGAUCUGGAAAAUCAUGUAGCAAAUAAAACCUCCACGUUGCCCGCCAGAGCACAAGAAGCAAUGCAAAGAGACGUCGCCAACCUCAAGUUCGAUCAGGAAAAAUUCGUAGCCGCUUUGAUGGACAUUAAAUCUGCGCUCGAAAACAGGUUGAAACAAUGGAGAGAUUACGAAUCGACCCUUGAGAAACUCCUAACAUGGUUGGCCGAAGCUGAAUUGUCACUAAAGAAUUACAGUUUGAAAGCAACAGUAGAAGAGAAACAAGAACAGUUAGAAAAAUACCAGGCUCUCAUCUUAAAUCUGCGUCAAAACGAGGCAGAAUUCGAUAAGAUGUCUGACGAUUCAACUGAAUUAGUACAGAGCAGCGGAGACAACAGAAUCUCAGUGAAUAUCCAACAAAUAACGUCAAGAUUCCAAUCAGUUCAGGUGACCGCGAAAGAAAUUUUGAAGAAAUGUGAACAAGCUCUGGCGGAUCACAAAUUAUAUAAUGAGAAAUAUAAACACUGUUCGGAUUGGAUCUCUGCUGCUCAAAUCAGAUUUAACAACUGCCAGGAAAAUAUUAAAGGAGGGGCGCGCGAAUGUCUCGCCGAGCAAGCUAAGGUACUUGAAGAAUUAUUAUCACAACAAACCAGUGCAACUUUGCUACUAAAUAACACUAUCGAAUUGGGAGAAAAACUUUAUCCAACUACCGCACCUGAAGGUAGAGAAAUUAUCCGUACCCAAUUACAAGAACUGCAACAAGCACUAGAAGCCUUAUUCGACGAAAUUAACAGCACGGACAGAGACCUUAAGGCCAAACUUGAGAGAUGGUCAGGCUUUGACGAAUGUGUCGACAGCAUUUUGCACUGGCUGAAAGAAAUUCACUUACCUCAAGAACUCGAACUAAAAGCUACUCUGGACGAGAAGAAGGCUCAGCUCCAAGUUUACCGAAAUUUGUUGCAUGACGCUACAGCGCAUCAACAGGAUAUCGUGGAUUUGCGUGACAGAGUGGAAAGUUUACCGGAAAGAAAUGAACAAAUUGACAGACAGCUGGCCAACAUUACCGAACAACAUGCCAAGACCGUUAAACGCGCUCAGGGCUUUGUGGAAAGCUAUGAGACUAUAGUCAGCGACCACCAGCAAUAUUCCAAAGCUGUCCUUGAUGGCCAAGAAUGGAUGGACGCCACACGUAAUACAGUUUCUGUACUAGGAGACAUCGAACAGGAAAGAAUAACCCUUCAGUCCAAUCUAGAAAGACUAAAGAAUUUACAAGCAACUUUACCAGAUGAGGAAUCCCGUAUAAAAUCAGUAAAGACUUUGGGAGACAAAGUAAUACCAGGGACGAUAGAUUACGGACAAAGCAAAAUUAGAUCACAAAUUGAGAACUCGCAACAAGAAUGGGCUGCAUUAGUAUCCACUAUUCAAAACAUCAUCCGUCAGUUGGAGAGUAAAUUAGAACACUGGUCCGAAUACGAAGCACUAAAAGACCGUUGUUUAUCCUGGAUCCGCGAAACUGAUGCUAAGCUGCAUUCAGUAGAUUUGAAAGCUACAGCUAAAGAAAAAGAGGAACAAUUAGAAUCAUUGAAAUCUAUGCAGGGAGAAAUUCGGGCGAAGGAACUCGAAAUCGACCAGGUUACAGAGAGAUUGCAACAACUCAACAAAGGAUUGAUGAGUAGGCCAUCUCAGAUAUCUGAACUUGGAGUCAAAUAUCAACAAAUUUGUCAAAAAGUUAAAGAAUUAACCACUCGUUGGCAACAGUAUGUCAACAAUCAUAAAGAUUUUAACUCUCAAGUACUUCAGUGUGAGCAAUGGAUGGAAGAUAUUAAAGAAAAACUGUCAUACUGUUCAGAUAUCAAUUCAGCUUCACAAAAGGAAUUAGAGAACAAAUUGGAAACAAUUCAGGAAUUGCUCUUAAACAAGGAGGAAGGAUUUACGAAACUGCAAGGUUUAGUGGAAUUGGGACAAAUUGUGUUAGCUAAUACUGCACCACAUGGACAUGAAACCAUCAACCAAACUUUGGCAAACUUGCAAGAAGAGUGGUCUAACUUAGCUUCUUCAAUGGUAGAGACAAAGGGUCUUUUGGAUGACGCUCUGACAAAAUGGGCUGGAUUAUUGGAAGAAAUUAAAGCACUCGACAAGACAGUUGAGUGGUUGGAAAGCCAGUAUGAAGAACUAUCUGAACUUCAGGGAACUGUCACUGAAAAGAAAUCCCAAUUAGACAGAAUAAAAAAUCUUGAAGAAAAAGUACGAUGCGAAAAAAUUGAAGUUGACAAUUUGAAAGCACAAGCAGCAGAAGUUCUAAAAAGUAAACGUGGAGGAGAAGCAGCUAUUGAAGCUCAGAAUAUGCUAGACAGGUUCGAUAGUAUCGCCCAAAAGAUCAAUAAACUAUUAGCCGAGCGCGAAUCUCAAUACAAAGAUCACAGAGCGUAUAAAGAAGCUCAUGACGAGGUGCAAACAUGGAUGACCAGAGCACAGGAGAAAGUUCCUCAACUUCAAAGACCUUUCAGCGACAAAUUGACUGUAGAAACCCUCGCUGGACCAUUAGAUCACUUAUUAAAUAAACAAGCUCAAGGCGAAGUACUUCUUGAAAACUUGGAACAUGCAGCUCAAGCUGUUAUUCCUAAUACAAGUAGCCAAGGCCAAGAAACUAUUAAAAAUGAUAUAAGGGCUCUAAGAGAAUCCUUUGAGAGAUUGUUUAAAGAUUUGAAACAACAACGAGAACAAUUGGAAGCAGUUCUGUCACAUUGGAGAGAAUAUAAAGAUGAAUUUGAACGAAUAUCCGAUUGGUUACAGCAAAUCACAAUUCUAGUUAAAAACCAGAAAAUUGCCUUGAUGCCAACAUUGGAAGAAAAACAAAAACAAGUUGUUGAAGUGGAAGGCAUAUUAAAACGGCUCAUAGAUGGAAAAGAACAAAUAGAAAAACUGAACAAUUCGGCAAAGAUAUUAUUGAAAUCACCAUUAGAAACUCAUGUGAAUAACCAAUUGCAACAACUGAAUUCUAGAUAUCAAGUUGAACUAAACUUAGCUAAAGAUGUGCUGAAGAAAGUUGAAACCAAUCACGAACAGCACAAAGAGUAUGCUGAUAAUUUAGAAAAGACAAGGGCAUGGAUUGAUAAUGCUAGAGAAUUAAUCAGAAAUUGUUCUGAAGCAGCAUCCAAUAGCAGUAAAGAAGUUCUACAAGAACAUUUAAAUCAAAUUCAAGAAUUAAUACAAAAACGCGAGGAAGGUCAAAACUUGGUACACGCUACUGUAAAUUGCGGCGAAAAAGUUUUACGAAAUACUCGUUCUGAUGGAAAAGAGGCCAUUAAUAACGAACUCAAAGAAAUACAAACAGAUUGGGACAGAAUUGUAAAGAAAAUGUCAACUGCUAAAGUUCAUUUGGAAACAGCUCUACUUCAAUGGGCUGAUUAUGAUAGUUCUUAUAGUCAACUUCAACAAUGGAUUACGGAUCGCGAAGCCAAAUUACAACAAGUUACAGAGCCCAUAGUUGUAAAAUCUAAAAAGGGAGGCCUUAGUAGUUUACCAAUAGGAGAAAGGAAAGCUACAUUACGCGAAACUGGUAGUAUCGUACAAGAUAUCGUCUCUUUCGAACCUAUGAUUCAGUCAGUUACAUCAAAAGCUGAAGAUCUUAAGCAAGCAGCUCCAGCGUCAGAAAUUUCAACCAAAUAUGAAACGCUUUCUAAACAGGCUCAAGAACUUUAUGCUAAACAAAAAGAGGUUGUUGAACAACAUCAAGCAUUUGUCGACGCAGCCAACGAUUUUGUUCAGUGGUUACGCUCGUCCAAAGAACGUCUUGGCAAGUGUUCUGAACCUACUGGCGACAAAGAAAGCCUUGGUAGUAAACUCUCCCAACUUAAGGCACUUACAAACGAGAUUCCAGAAGGACAGAAGAAACUAGAAAUGGCUUUAGAUCAAGCGGACAAAGCUCUCCAAUACGCCGAUGAAGUGGAUAAAGAAAUUAUUGAGGAAGAAGUAGGAUUGCUCCAAGAAGAUUUUGAUAAUUACGUGGAGAAUCUCAAUAGUACCAAGAGUUUGUUAGAAGUUGGAAUUGUAAAAUGGACAGAGUACGAAGAACAAUAUCAAGAUGCUUUGGAAUGGUUGGCCCAAACUGAAAAAUUGGUGCAGUCCUACAACAAGCUUCAAGAUAGUUUAGAAGAAAAGCGGGCAGUUCUGGAACAAUUCCAACUACAACUGCAAACCCUAUUUGAUUGGCAGACUGAACUUGACCGACUGAACAUGAAAGCACAAGUUCUUCUCGAAACUUGCGCAGACACAAGAGUUAGCAAUGCCAUUACCCAACUUUCUACUAAGUACAAUGCCAUUCUGUCAUUAGCAAAAGAAGUUAUGAGACGCCUAGAAUUGCAUUAUCAGGAACACCAACAACAUAGUGCAUUGUAUCAAGAAUGCCAGGACUGGAUAGAUAGGACUAGAGAAAAACUGAACGGAUGCCUAGAUAUUCCAAAUUCUCUUGUGGAGAUUAAUAAUAAACUAGGAGUUGUGAAGAAUAUUAGAACUUCCUUAGAGCAAGGACAAAAUAAGUUACGUUAUAUAUAUGAGCUCAAAGAACGUGUCAUAAUGAAUACAGAACAAUCGGGAGUUGCUAAAAUUCAAGAAGAUACUGAUAAUCUGAAACAAGACAUGGAGAAACUAUUGAGUGAUGUACAAGAGAUAAGAAAUAAACUCCAGUCCAGAGCCAGUCAACUGGAAGAAAUUGAUAAAAUCUAUAAACAACUAUUAGAAUGGCUUCAAGACCAAGAACACCAAAUACAGUUUGAUGAAGGCUACCUCAAUGAAUUGAGUGAGAAGAAAGCUAAAUUAGAAAAAUUCAAGGCCGUGCAAAAGGAAAUCGGUUCCCACAAUGAAUUAGUCGAAAAAUUAAAAUCGAAAAUAGCCGAAGAUGAACAUUUGUCUACUGUUGAAUAUGAAACUGCAAUUAAACGAUAUGAGGAUCUUAAAGUCCAAUUAAGUUCGUCAAUUUCCGAUUUAGAAAAUCAAGUACGUGAUCAUGAACAGUACAAAAAUUCGUAUAACAAAGCUUCAGAUUGGAUAAGAAAAUCACAAAUGGAAAUACAGAACUGUUCAAAUCUCCACGAUGAAUUGGAGAAAAUUGUCGAAAAGGAAGCUAAAAUAUCAGAAUUAGCGGCAUCGCUCCCACAGUGUGACGACUUAGUUAACAAGACCAUUGAACUCAGCAUUUUAGUAAUGAAGACCACCGGAGAAGAUGGCAAAGACACCAUACGUCAAGAAAUCGAACAAUUGAACGUCGAUUGGGAAGGAUUGCAGGUUAUUUGUACUGAAACGCAAAAGUCUCUAAACAGAUGCAAAGAAGCAUGGAAAGAAUUUAAGAAAAACUACGAGACUAUGAACAAAUGUAUCGACAAAUAUCAAAAUCUUAUAACCCAAAGGCAACAACUUGAAAAUAAUAAACCUGAAGAUUUAGAAAAAUGUCGGGCUUUGCUUGAGGAAAUCAUUAGUCAAAAAUCUCAAAUGGAGAACUUGACAGAUUCAUGUGAAGCUCUUAUGGAAUUAAGCGCAGUUGGUUGGGUUCGUGACAAAACUGUUCAACUUCAGACGGAAUAUACAAAUCUUUUAACAAACGCUCAAAGUCUUGUAUCUAAAGUAGAAAAGAAUCUUUCAGAUCAUACAGAAUUCUUAAAAAUUAAGGCAGAACUUGAGGAAUGGUUACAUUCUGCCCAUAAAUCUGUCCAAGACUGUCUUGGUGAAGGAGACGAAUCGAGCAUGCGUGCAAAACUUGAAACCGCUCGACAAGUUGCUGCUAGAAUGAGUGAAGGGCAACAGUUAUUAUCUAAACUGCAAGAUGCAUUUGGAAAAGCUAUCAAUACAGCUCCCGCUGACAAACAAAAUGAACUUCGAGAAGACAUGACAACGUUAAGAAACAGUUGGGACCAACUCAAUAUGGAUUUGACGUCCAUUCAAGCACAACUUAAAGCUGGACUGGCGAGAUGGGAAGACUACAAUGACACUAAGAGGAAAUUGGAACUGUGGUUAAACGAAAUAGAAAAGCAACUUCAGCAAAAACCAAACACAAAAGGAGAACAAAGUGAAAUGAAAACACUACUCGAAAGAUACAAGAAUUUGCAAGUGGAAAUCAGUAAUAAACAAACUGAUCUGGGUCGCUUAAAGGCUGAAGCAGCAGAAUUAAGUUCUUGGGCUAAGCAACCGAUCGUUCUAGAACAAGUUAAACAGUUAGAAGUUCGGUACGAGAAGCUUUCUGCAACUUGUAAUGCUCUCAAAGAAUCUGUUGAAGCAGAAUUGGAAGAUUACAAUUUGUAUCAUCAAAAAUUACAAGAAACAGAAAAAUGGUUGUUACAAGUAUCCUUCCAAUUGAUGGCACACAACUCUCUCUACAUUACCAAUAGGGAACAAACAGAAGAGCAAUUAGCUCAGCAUGAAGUUCUAUUAGAAGAAAUUCAAAAGUACCAAUCAACUUUGGAUGAUGUGAAGGCCAAAGGUUACGGUCAGAUUGAAAAAUAUGUCAAUUCCGCUCCCGCUCUUAAAGACACUAUAGAGAAACAACUAAACAAUGUGCAAGAUAGCUACAACUCCUUGCUUCAGACUGCAGUGCAAAUCAAAAACAGAUUGGUUGAUUCUUUGGCUAAAUUUAAAGAAUAUGAAGACACUCUUGAGAGUAUAAUGCAAAACUUAGAUGAGUACGAGCCUAUCGUAGCAGAGGAAAUUGAAAAACCGAUUGAAAAUCUGAAGGAUGCUCAGACUCAAUUAGAAACAGCAAAGGUUAUUCACAAUAAAUUGCAAAACGAAAAGUCUCGACUAGCGUUAGCAGUACAAGCUUGUGAGGCAGCUACAGCUUCCAUAAGUCGACCUAGCAGUCCAAGGGAUACACUACCUCCUCCUGUACCUAUUAAGGAACUAGAAUGCAGGGCGAGAUUGGAAGACCUAAUCGAUCAGACGCACAAGGGAUCGGCAACUUCAGAGGAUUCUAGUAAACUGAAAUUGCUUUUGGAUCAACUUAUGUCACGUGGUUUUGUUAACAAACUGAACACACAGAUCGAUGAGGUACAAGCUCACCUCAGCGAUUUGACCACUUCCGUCGCUGAGUUUGAAGAAAAAGAAAGACAGAGAGCUGAAUUAAGAAACUGGAUAAUAGCUCAAAGGGCCACAGUAAAUGAGUGGAAAAACCGUCCAGUCAAGCUAAGAGCUGACGCCGCCAAGCAAGAGCUGAACAACAUGAACGACCUCCUAACUUCAAUCGGUCAACGCAGAAGUUAUUUACUUACAGAACUGACAGCAUCCAGUGAUGAGAACGAUGAGUUAGAAAAGAUGUUGGACAAUCUCGAAAACGAACUAACAGCGGUUAUUGCCCAGAAACAGGCCAAUCAAGAAAUAAUAGACGAGUACCGGCAACAUAUUCAAGUCAUCACUAACUGGUUUGAUAAUCUUGCCAAGAGAAUCGACGCUAUAGAUAAAGGUUCCGGCCUCAAUUGCCAACAGAAACAGUCUGCCAUUACUGACCUUCAAGCUGAAUUCGAAGACCAAGGUCCUAAAAGACUGGAUGAAGUAAAGCGUUUGGCUUCCCAAGUAAUCGAUUUUGUUAAUAAUUUAGACUCCCAACAAGUUGAAGAACAAACAAAAUCAAUUGAAAGGCGUUACAACGACAUAGCCAAAAGGCUGCAACGCAAACUUCAAGUUCUUGAGAUGACAAGAAAGGGCAUUGAAGACACUAGAAACGAAAUUGAGCAAGCUAGGGAUUGGGUUAAGGAGAAACUUGUUAGUUUGCAAAGACCUGGACCACUUGGUUUCGAAAGCCGUAAAGCCGAAGAUAAGCUAAAUGCUUUGAAGGAUUUACUAAAAGAGGCUGACAGUAAACAACUUCUCAAAGAAACCCUUAUAAAGCGUAUUGGUAACAUGACUAACGAACUAGAACCAUCCGAGCAUAACCAACUAGAAAGUUCAUUGAAGAACCUAGGAUCUGAACAAGAACAGUUAGUUGAGAAAAUUAAGUCAGAGAUAGAUCGAGUUACAGCCGCAGCCAAUACUAGAAGAAACUUGGAGUCGAAUUUGGAGAAAGCUAAAGCUUGGCUCAAAUCUAAGAACGCAGAAGUUAGAAAACUUAGUGGCUACCUACCUUUACAAGCUAACCAAGUUGAACGUGAAAUAGCCCAACACAAACAAUAUGAAAAUGAUAUUAAAGAAUUCAAUGAAGGUGACCUUAAUGAUCUUCUCAAACUUGGAAAUAGCGUCCUCAAAGAAUGUGACGAAAAUGACCGCGAGCGUUUGGAGCAUCUACUAAACGAAGUUAAAGAGGAAUACGAUAAUCUCAAAUUUGAGUCACAACAGAAAAUUCAUGCUCUUUCCGACUUGUUGCAAGGAAGGCGGCAAUUUGAAAGUGAUAUAGAUAAAUGCAUCAACUGGCUAAAAGAAGCGGAAGUCGCUACGUCUUCCGACAUAAGAGCUGCUAACUUGGAUGUGCUUGAAGAACAAUUAUCAAAAUAUGAAAAACUCAACGAUGAUGCUCAACGAGUACAAGGAGAUAUUGAAAAGAUUACCGAACAAGGCAAAGCUAUAUUACCUACCAUAAGCGAGUCUGAUAAACUCACACUCAACGAUACACUGAACGGUUUAAGAGAUCGUCAUAAUAGAGUCGCAUCUUUGAUACAAGACAGAACCAAUGCACUCAGACAAAAUAUUCAGCAGAUCAAGGACGCCCAACAACGUCUUGCAGAAAGCAGGCAGUUUAUCCAGGAAAUCCAAGGCCAGUUGAAGGAACUAAAUAAACCAAUAGGAACCAAAGUCGAAGACGUUCAAAGUAUCCUCUCAACGUACGAGAGGCUCUUGCAAGGUCUUAAAGCGAAUAAAGCCAAACUUGGUGAUGUCCCCGGUGCAAACCAAGCCGAAUUACAAAGCGUCAUCAAUUUACAAGAUGACCUUAUCAAGCUAAUAGAAGAUCAAAUCGCAAGAUUACGCCAGUUGUUAUUGCUAAGAGAGCAAUAUCUCGCAAUUAUAACAGAAAUAAUGACAUUCAUAACGAAAUACACGGAAAUAGUGCGGGAUGUGGAAAAGACUGGCGGUACUAUAGAAGAAAAGAUUAAGAAAUAUGACGAUAUUAUCGUUAAAAUUCAAGAAUGUGAAGCACUUUUAGCGUCAGCAGAAGAUAAAGGUCAACAAAUAGCUGCCGACGGUUCCUCUCAAGACAAAAACACUAUUACUGAACAAAUUCAGUCUCUUAAACAAUCUCUUCAAAAUUUGAGGAGAGCAGUUGAGAAACAGAGGCAAGAACAUGAGAAUACCGCAGCUGAGCAUCGUAAAUUGGCUGAAGAAUUGGAAGAAAUUCUUGAUUGGCUGCAUACUAAUGAAGCAACUGUGCGAUCUCGACCUUUGUUAAGCAGAGAUGUUAAUAGUGUUGAUAAAGAACUAGCCAAACAUCACAGUUUAGCUGAAAAUGUCAAUAAUUAUCUGGAUAAAAUACGAAAAAUACAAGACGCCACAAGACAUGACGACAGCAUGCCCGGAUCUUUACAAGAGCAACUGCAAGAAGCCAACUCCUUGUUAUCCUCAUUGCCAAGGGAAUUAGAAGAGAGGCAGAAAUACUUAGAAAGCAACAAGAUUUUGAGACAAGAAUACGCAGCGCACAGACAGAAACUAUUUGACUGGGUAAAGGAAGCAGAAAUUCGCCUGGCAUCUCACAAAGAAGGUGUUGAUUUCGAAAAUAUACUGCAAGACUUGGAGGAACACAAAAUCUUCUUCAGCACCGAAGGUAACAUCAAAGAAUUGGUAUCCCAAACCAUCCAGCAAGCUGCUGAUAAGAUUUGGCCCAGUCUGACACCCUACGAGCAAGAAGAACUCAGCAGGGAGCAACAGCAACAUACUCAGAUUCUAAAGAACACGCUUAACUCCGCAAAGUCCCAAAAGGCCCAGUUGGAACAGGACGCUGAAAUCUGGAAGGACUAUUGUCAGACUCUCGAUAAAGUCAAGGCGGUGAUUUCGAGGACCAAAUUCACCGACGAACCGGUAUCUACACUUGCCGGUCUCCACUUCAACAUCCAGAAGAUUACUCAUGCUCUCAAUGACAUUCAGAACCAGCAGCUGGAACUAGACCUGCUCUUAGAACGCGUGAACGAGAUCACCAAACAGGCUGACCAGCGCAACAAGCAGAACAUCCAGACCCAGAGCGAUAAAGUGACCGAGGAAUGGACGAGUUUGGUGUCGGAUUUGGAGAAUAGGAGAGACACCCUCACCGGACUGGCCCAGGUGUGGGAGACGUUCGAAGGCCGCUGGCAGAAUUUCGAAAGUUUGCUGACUGGAAUCGAGGAGAGGGCGAAGCAUAUUGAUUACGUUGUGAGAAAUAAGGACCAUGUGAUUUCUACCAAGAAUACCAUCGAGGAGCUGCAAUCGGAAGCAGAGUCCCUCAGAUCCCACCAAGAGGAGGUAGUGCAAUUAUCCAAUACCGUCUUAUUGUUCUUGAGAGAGUGCUCCAGCGCUUCCGCAAAGGCGUUAUCGGAAAAAUUGGAACAGCUUAAUGAAAACUACAAGAGGCUUUUGGAUAGCUUGAGAGAAAAGGGAGUGAAAGCCAAUAGAGACCUGAAAGAAAUUGAGAAGGCCCUCCUCGAUAUUACGCACAAGAGGAGCGCCUUGCAUUAUCUCAAAGAAGAAGUCACCAAUUUCUACGUAUUUGAUGAGAAUCUGACGCGCACCGAAGCGGAUUUGACGCAACUACGACAGAAAGUCGACAGCGAGAUCAGAGACGCUAAGGAAUUUUGCUCAGACCUCAGAAGUAGGUACAACAAAGCGCAGCAACUGGUGCCCUCUGACAUUGCUCAAGAGUUGAACCAAUUAGAGUUGUUAGCCGAGGCGAUCACUAGUGCCAUGGAGGAAAAAGAUAGGGAGUUCAAGAAGGCCCGCACAAUCCGUACGGACUAUAUCAGCGAGGUCGAGGAAGUGCAGUUAUGGAUCAAGGACGCCGAGUUGAAGGUGCAAGACCGCUCCAUCGAGCCACACAUAUUGCACGAACACCUGCAACAAAUCCAAUCGGAAAUCGGCGGUACCACCGACAAGCUGGAGAAGCUCACGAGAAACGGAAGGACUAUCAUAGGGAAGACUAGAGACGAUGAAGAAAAGGACAUGGUGCAAUCAACUAUAAACAACCUGACCGAUCAAUUGUCUCAAUUAAAGUCUCUAUUAGAUGAGAGGAGGCAACAAGUCGGCGAGACUUUGGAUGCUUGGCAAAGGUUCCUCACCUUAUACGAAGCAGUCAUGCACUGGGUUCAAGAGAAGAGGGUGUUCCUCAGGGAACCACUUUAUCUUACCACUUUACAGGAGGCGAAACAAAGGCUACACGACUAUUCCAACGCUGCGAAAAGCUGCAAGGGAGCCACGAAGAAUUUAAGCGAUAUGGCUAAAGAAUUAGAACACAUCGGCAGUGUGACAAGCGUUGGGGAUCUACCAAAGAAAAUGGAAGAAGCCGAAAUUGCCAAGACUGAAGUUGAAGCACUUAUUAUAGAAAGGAAUGGAUUACUACAAGAGACGUCUGAAGAGUGGGAGCAAUGUGAAAAGAAAAUAAAAGACGUUCGAAGUUGGAUAGAUAAAACAAGGACUGCUUUGGAAUCUCAACAGAACAAGAAGAAACCACUCAGGGACCAACACGGUUUGCGAGAAAAAAUGCUCGCGGACAUACAAAUUCAAAAAACGAAAAUCUCCUUAUCUGUUGAGAAGCUACAGCUCCACUUCCGGUCGGGAGUUGGAGGAGAUAGUCGGGUAACCCAGUCUGCAGAGGAUCUCAUCAAAGAAUUAGAAGAGCUUAACAUAAAUAUCAAGGACCAGUGCGACCAAUUGGAGACGGCUAUAGCCCAGGUCGACCAGUACCAGCUGGAAGUCCAGCAGCUUCGCCAGCAAAUCGCGCAGGUCGAGCAACAGCUGCGCACUACCAUGGCGCCCACUUACCUGCCGCACGACAGAGACCAAGCACUUCGCGACCAACAGGCGCGGAUUGAAGCUUACCGGCUGAGGAUCUCCGAACUGAUCACCAUCAUCCGACAAGUGGAUUCCCAUUACGUCCUACCCACCUCAGAAUACACACUACUUGGGGUUUCGUACGCGGACGUCGCCGCCGGCCGCUCGAAAUCUCAAGAACGCCGAUCCGCUUCACCUGCCUGCGAAAAACCCGAAAUAAUUUCGUCGAACAAACUGGAGAGAACCAGCGCAUCGCUCGUCCCUGAGCCACAACAACCCGAACCGGCACAACCUGAAAACAUUGUCCAACCCGAUAGUGUACCAACAAUUUUAGAACCAGAAAUCACGAAAACUGAGGUUACUGAACUAGAAAAACCAGACAGAAAGAAAUCACCCAGACGAAGUCGGUCACCACGACGACGAAUCAACAAACCAGCGAGCACUACCGAAGAACCUACGUACCAAGAAAACUAUAUUACUGUUCAAAUUGAUGAUAGGAGAGUAGAAAGCGAUUCUGCUGUAGCUGAAGAUAGUUUGCCUUCCGUCAUUAACGCGCCAGGAGAACGUUCUCCUAGUCCCAUAAAACCACAGUCUGAACGUUUAGUUGUUAAAAGUAAAACAAGAGGACGGUCCCCAAGCCCAAUUUGGUUACCAGGGCAAACUUCUUAUGCUGAGAUUUUGAGAGGUCAAUACAGAACUUCAGAAGAAAGAGAUACUCCUUCUCCUAAAACGGAGAUACUAACUAAAAGUCAACCUCAAAUACAACCAGUAAAGGCUGAGACUCUGCCAGUACAGCAGAAACCAGAAAUAAUAAAAGGGCACGUUAUAGAAACCGUUUCACAAAUUCAAGAGGAACCGCAUACAAGUGAAACUGCUACGCCAUAUGUACAAUCAGAACCACACAUCUAUGAAAACAAAUAUCAACCUGUACAACCGACACCUGAGCCAACUUAUCAACCAACUCAGCCCCAAAUUGAUUUUAGAGCAACUAUGUCGCAUUCUGAAGGACAACAAUUUGUAUUGCCUGCCCAUGCCCAAAACUGGAAUGAAUUCCCACAAAAUCCUUAUGCAUUUCAGCCCAGCCAUUUUGGUCCACUAUCCACAGAAUUACAGCAGAAUUACUAUGCUCAAAAUAUCCCACAGCAGCACAUACAACCAAAUGUCUUAGAUUAUAUUCAACCAAUUCCAGAUAUGGUGAAUUUUAUAGCUUCUGGACAGCAAUUAAUGAGUUCUGGUUUAGGAACCUAUCACAGUUCACCUCAGUUUUCUAAUGCGUAUAACGAACAGACACUAUACAAUGCCCCUCAGUAUUUAAGGGACGAUUACAUGCAACAACCAAACAUAAACAAAGAUGAAUCUAGUUUUACAGUGCCCGAAAAAACAAAUGUGGAGGCGUUGCCCACCACUACACGUAGUUCAGAUUUACCAGUUGAACAUAGAGAGAAGAAAAAACUUACUCCAGAGCCUCAACAAGCGCACGAAGAAGUGUCUCGAGAGCCACCAACACAAACGACGAACGAUGAUGUUGCUGGUUCGCAUUUCUCGUACGCGCAAGUUUUGUCUCAGGGACUCAAUGCGAAAUCUCUCCAGCCAUCCAGUAUAGCAACAGUGCAACCUUCGAACGUACGACAAGCCCCCAGACAAAAAUCUCCAGUGCCUGGAUCCACAUUCACGCAAAUGGAAGAUACGAGGUCUAAUUCGAGGGAGCACCAAACGCGCAAAGUUAGGAAGGAUACUCCACCUCAGGAGAAAAUCCCCAAUGUUGCCCCCAAGCAACAUAAAAAACCAAUUGCAAAGAAAGAUAAACGACCCGGCCACAUCGAAAAUGUUCCACCGCCAAAUUACCAUGGAGAGCCUGUCGAUUCUAUCGCAGGUGGUAGUGAGGCAAAGGAACUUCCUGUACAAGACUUAUUUAGUGAUAUAGAACCCAUUUCCCCAAAUACAGAUAAAAGAGAUAAUAAACACAAACACAAAAAAUCUAAAACCACAUCGUCUAAUGAAGACGAAAUUGAUAAAGCCUUGAAAGAAAUUUCAUUUGCUGAUCAAAAGGCAAAUCGACAUGAGCCAGAAGAAAAACAUCCAAGAAAUAAGUCACAUUCAAAAUACCUUAACCCAGAAAAUGAAGACAAAGUAAGUAAUAGAAGAAAGAGUAAGAAAGAAGAGGCAAAACUUUCUGAUAUUCCAAAGGAUGACUAUCUGGAGCGAAAACAAAGAAAACAUAAGGAUCUAGAAAUCAAAAAAGAGAGCCAUGUUAGUGAUACACCAUCCGAAAUAAUCACAAACCAAGAAAAAUUAGUAGAAGUUUCCGCAGAUAUUAGUGAAACUUCAUCACUUACAUUAGAAACUUCUGAUAAACCAAAAGGUAAAAAAAAUAAAAAGAAAAAUGAGCCCAAAGAAGUGCACACGCUAAACAUUGUUUCCGCGAAUGACUUUGCGGAAAAUUCUAGCGAAAUCAUUUCUGCAUCGGAGCCAAGCAAAGGAAAGAAAAAGAAAAACAAAAAAUCGAAAGCUUCAGUAGAGCCAGAAAAAGAUACGAAUGUACAAAGCGAAAAAGAAAAUAUAGCUACGUUUGACCAAACUAAAACUAUACAAACGGACGAUAUGUCAACUGCUACAUCUCAGUCAAUUCUGCAAAAAAGUGAAAGUCAGGAAAUUAUUCCUGAAAAACCAAAGAAAAGAAAGAAACCCAAAAAGAAGUUGAUUAGUGAAUCUACAACGAUUUCUGAAUUCAUCAACAAUGAAUCUGCUCAACACGAAAAUAUUAAUGAAGAAUCUACAAUCGCUGCUUUACAAACUCAGUCGCAACCUGUAAGCGAAGAUAUUCAUCAGCCACUGAAACAAGUUGAUAUAGUUACUGAAAAUAUACUAUCCGAAGCUCAUCAAGACAAUAUUAUUAAAGAUAAAAAAAUCAAAAAGAAAAAGGGCAAAAAGAAGACCACAAAACAAGAAAAUAUUUCCGAGGCUAUUGUCGAGAUAAAUCCAAUUUAUGAUGAUCAAUUUGAUGUCGACAUAUCAUUUGAAAAGUCAGACAGCGAAUUUAUCAAAAAUAAAAAAUUAGAUACUUUUACCACAUCUGAAAUAAAUAUAGAAACGGAAUCAUCCGAUAAAAUAAAUGAACCAUAUGACAAUGAAAAUAUUAAUAUAACAGGAGAAGAAAUGUUUGAAUCACUAGGUAAACCAGAAGAACCUGAAAAAAUAAAGAAUACCGAAACUAGUGAUUUACAAGAGGUCGGUGAUUUACAAAUUGACACAACUACUACUGUUUUUGAAAAUUUACCCACUGAAAAUAAAUCUGAUAAACCUAUCGUUUCUGAUAAACAAGAAGAAUCAAUUUUACAUUUAGAAAAAGAAAAUAAUAAACUAUUAGAAGAAACACUGUUUGCAACAAGUGCAAAUGAAGUUCAAUCUGAAGAUAUUAAGAAGACCACUAUUGAUGUUCCUGAAGAAAUAUUUACUGAAACCAAACCUACUGUCUCUGAUAGUUCAAAAGAAUCAGUUCUAUUUUCAGAAAAAGAAAAUAAUGCAAUAUUAGAAGAAAUACCUACUUCACCCAAUGCAAGAGAAGAAUCAGAAGAUAUUCAGUCAACUAAUGAUUCUGAAAAAUUACUUACCAAAACAAAACCUACGAUUUCUGAUAGUCAAGAAGAAUCAGUUAUACUCUUAGAAAAAGAAAAUGAUAAACUACUAGAGGAACCAUCGUGUAUAAAUAAAUCUCAAUUAGAAGAUAUAAAGUCCACUACUGACGUUUCCGAAAAAUUAUUUACUCCUAUUGUUCCUGAUAGUCCAGAAGAAUCAGUGAUACCUUCAGAGAAAGAAGGUAAAACAAUAUUAGAAGAAACACAUAUUUCAUUCAAUACGGAAGAAGAAUCAGAAGAUAUUCAGAUAACGUCCAAUAAUGAUAUUUGGGAAAAAAUACCCACCAAGAACAAACCUACAGUCUCUGGUAGUCAAGAAGAAUCAGUUUUACUGUUAGAAAAAGAAGAGAGUGGAAUAUUAGAACAUACACUUAUUUCGUCUAGUGUAAAUGAAGAUCAAUCAAGAGAUAUCGAAAUAACAGCAACUACUGAUGUUUCUAAAAAAUUACUUACAGAGAACAAACCUACUACUUCCUAUAGUAAAGAAGAAUCAAAUUCACCCUUACAUACGGAAAAUAUUGUAAUAUUAGACGAAAUACCGAUUUCAACAAGUGUAAACGCCAUCACUACUACCACUGCGGCAUCUUGGGCCAGUGUUGUUGGAAGCGAUGAUUUCUUGAAAAGAUUAUCUGACACGCCAAAAUCUGAUAAACACGUAUCAGAAUCUGCCGAUAAUAUAGAAAUUGAUGCAAUCGACUUUGAUAAUAAGAAUGUUGAUAUAAUUAAACCUGGUGUAGAUGAAAAUACACCAGAAGAUAAAAAGUCGAAAAAGAAAAAGCAUAAAAAGAAACAUACUAAAGAAAGUGAAAGUAAACCUGCAUUUAUUGUAACAGAGGAGAUAUUACAAAUUCCACAGGAGCCAAAAAUUGACCAUGGAAAACCAAAAAUGGCAGAAAAGAAAGAAAAAGGAAGGAAGAAAAUUAAAACUACUGCCAAAGUUGAAACCGAAGUAGAAAACAUUGAAAAAGCUACCGAAGAUACAAGAACAAUUGAAAAUAUUGCCAGUACAGAGAUUAUUGAUGAAGAAAAAAUAGCAGAACCAGCACCUGAAUCGCUUGCCCAAGAUAAGAUUGAAUUUACUACUCAUUUAACAGAUUCAGGCGUAGAAGAUUUGCCAGAGGAAAUUAAAACUAAAAAGAAGAAACAUAAGAAGCGGCAUCAAGAAAGAGAAAUAUCAAAAAUCGUUUCAGAUGCACCAGUACAGACUGCAGAUACAUUAAGGAAAUCUGAAACAACUACAACAAUAACAGUAACAAAUGCUUCAAAGAAAACGCCACCUACUGAAACCCUAGUAACAAAAACAAAAACGGCAACGCAAGAAACAAACUCCUCAGCUACUUCGAGUUCUGUAGAAACUACUAAUAAUCAGGAAGUCUCCAAAAAACUGCAGGAAGUUGCUACUGAAGAACCUGGUGAUACAGUUACUCUAAAAGACACAAAUAAAGUAGUUUUAAUAACACAUGAAGAAAUCAGAAUGAAGCCUGUAGUAUCAUUGAAAAUGGAGUUCAUUGAAACUCCCAUUGAAGAAAUAGAGUACAUAGAAAAAGGCAAUGCUGAAAUGGUAACAGAAAUAACUUCUGUUUCUAAUGAAAUAACUAGGACUGAUGAGGAAGAAAGGAGAAAAGCAACUAAUGAAGAAGUAAAGGAAAUUGAUGAAACUGUUAAUAGUAGUAUCGAGAAAAUAUACGACAAUACAAUAUUACAAACAAAGUCAGAUCCUGAAAAAGAUUCAGUUUCACUUAAAAAGGAAGAACUAGCGGAUGACAGUUCCGCAUUUAUUCUGCAUGAAAAGGUUAACAGAACAAAUGAGCCUAUCGAAACACAGAUAAUUCCAAAAAUAAAUGCGAAUGUUACUAAUGAGGUAAAAAAUAACAAAGAAGAAACUACUGCUACAAUUGGAAACAAUCAGUUGCUGGAAGAUUUUAAGAGUGAUGUUAAUAGCGAACAGAUUAAUAGUUCUGAUACAAGCGCAGAUGGUAGUUUAGUAGAAAAUAAUGAAAUUGAACAAAUAAUAUUUGGUUCUGUUAAAGAAAGACCUAAAAAGACAUUCACUGUUGAAGAAAAGACUAAGAGAAAAGAUAAAAAGAAACUUGCAUUAAAAACAGAAGAUCUUACUUCCGAAGAGCAAGAAGCAUGCAAAUUGUUCGAAGAAAAGUUGCAAAAAAAGAAAAAACGACAAGGUAUACCUAUAGAAUUCUUACUACAAAGUCAGCAAACGCCAACCACAGAUAUUAAGACUCCAAAUCUAGGUAGAGAAUUAGAUGAAAUGUCACUGUCAAGAUCUGACUCAACUGUUGACACUGAAAUUAGAAAUAUCGAAGACGUUAUGAAUGUUCUGGAGCAUAAGAGGGAUAGGAAAAUUGAAAGUACAGAUGAAAUUACGACAGAAAAGAAGUUAGAAACAUCAUUUUCCGCAUCUGAUAUUAAUGAAAAUAUUAGUAAUGUAACUGAAACCAUAGAGGAAGUUGGAAAAUUAGAAGUGAUUGAUUCAGAGAACAAAAUUUUGUCUAAUAAUAGAACGGUAAGCCCAUUAAGUGAACCUACUGUCAUUUCGGAUGAAGAAUUGGUAGAGAAGGAAGAAAUUGAAGAUGUAAUUAUUAUUCCAUUAACAAUAAAUGAAACAAUAAAUUUGACUAAUUCAAAUGAAAUUGUUUCUCAUUUCGACAAUGACGAUAGCAAAAAAAUAAGCGAUAUGACUUAUACUAAUAAAUUCGAUACAACGGAAAUUGAAAAUUUAGUAUCUGAUGAAAAAGAAUAUCGUGUAGACAGCGAAAUAAAACUAGAUAAUGCUGACAAGGAAAAGGCUGAUUCUGACAUCGAAGAUAUAUCAGCAAAGGAAAUUUUACCAAAUAUUGAUUAUAUACAUGUCAGCAAACUAUCAACGGCUAAUUUAGAUGAAUCCGAUGAUAUUGAAAGUGAGAAAGUCAGUGAUACAUCAUUUACAAACGAAUUCGAAACUGAAGAAAUUAAAUCAAUUGAAACGAAAGAGUUCGAGCCAACAUUAAUUAGGAGAUCUAACAUUGAAAAUAUAUCAGCCUCAGAAAUUUUGCCGAAUAUUAAUUACUUACAAGCUGUUGAACCAGGUGCGAAUAUAAAAUUCGAGAAAAAGGAAAGUUUACCGGAUACAGAUAAGCUCGACAUUCUCUCGCAACUGAAAUUAGAAACUUUGUCAAAAUAUAAACCCGAUUUGAGUAUAGUCGCAGAUAUUCAACCGCGACCAAAACCAACGUGGUUAACACAAUUUACAAUUGAAAGCAAUAUUUUCUCAAGUUUAGAUGAUAAGGAAGUGGAAAGCAUAGAAACAUGUGAUACCAAGCUGGAAAUAGAAAAAAAUGCUAUUACAUCCAAAGACACAGAACCGGACAUAUCUGAAAUACCAAAUAUUGGGGAAACGUUAGCAAAUAAAUCAAUUAAUGAGGAAAUAGGAACAAGUGUUCAAGUAGGAAUAUGCGAUUUACAAGAUAACGAGAAAAUUGAAAGUUUGCAGAAACCUGAAGUUUUAGAACCCCUAAUAACGGAAUCAGAAAAAGAGACAGACAAAACAUUUGCCAAGGAAAUGGAGCCGGAUAUAUUGGAAAUAAUCAAGCCACAAUCUCCUGAGGUAACACUUCCAGAUAUUAAAUAUUUAGAGGCUGCAGAAGUUACAUCAAAACCAGUACUAGAACAUAAAAUAGUCAACACAAAACCUGAAGAUAUUAAAGACGUGCUUUUAAAACUUAAAGAGGAAACACUGUUAAAAUAUAAGGAAGGAGAACAAUUACCGACUGAAGAAAUUAAUGUUAAUACGAGUCGAAAGGAAUCUGAUGCAAUAGUUAAUGAAGAAGAAAAACAAGAAAAAGAGAGCAAGCGAAAGAAGAAAAAGGGGAAGAAACACAAAUCUGUAUCAUUUGAAGAAACUCCAGAAAUUAUCAAUCCACAAGAAAGUCAACCAAUUGAUAAAGUUGAAGAGGAUGACACCGAAACGGCAGAGCAAGAAUUUAUUUUUGUUACUAAUCUAAAUAAAGACCAAGAAAAAUUGUUGCAGUCAAUAUCUAACGUUACAAAUGCAACAAAUCUAAGUUCUAAUGUAUAUGCAGAAAGCAUUUCUGAGGCAGAAUCAGAGCAUUCUCAGUGGGUAAAUAUAGAACAUAGUGACGUAGAAGUAGCAUUAUCCAGUGAAGAACAUACAGCAAUAGAAAACAAGGCCAGUGACAUACCGGAGGAUACAUUCGAAAUAAUAGACAGAGAAUUAAUUACAUCUAAGCCACCAUUAGCAGGCAAGGAUGUAAAAGUAGCAACUACCGAAUUUUUAAACAACGAAAUUGAAGCAGUAGAAAUUCAGCAAGAAAAUAAAAUAGAAGAUAAUACAGAUACAAUAUCAAGUACAGCUGAGAAAAGGGUUGAAUAUAAAGGUUUACCAAUUGAUAAAACCACUGAUUUAUUCUUAGAUAUUCUCGAUGAACCUCCAGUAUUUUCAGACGAAGAACUAGAGGUCGGAAAUGCUAUAACUACUGAAACAGAAAUUAUAAAAGACACUACCAUCUCAGAAAAAUUUGAGGAAGAAAUGAAGGACAAGAUUUUGCCUAUUGAUAACAUUAUCACCACAGAAAAAGUCGAGAGAAAGAUUGAAUAUAAAGGUUUACCAAUUGAUAAGACAACGGAUCUUUUCUUAGACAUUCUUGAAGAACCUCCCACGUUUUCGGAUGAAGAGGAAGAAAACAUCCUAGCAUCAAAAAGAGAAGUGCAGAAAGACACUGCCACCACAGAAAAAGUUGACGAAGAAAUGAAGGAACAUAAGGAUUUAACCAUUGACGAAACAAUCGGGCAAGAAGUUGCAAGCACUACAUCUACUGAAAAAGAUGUACAGAGGGGAAAUAUUUUCACAGAAAAGGUCGAGAAAAAAGUUGAGUACAAAGGUUUACCUAUUGAUAAAACCACUGAUUUUUUCUUAGACUUACUAGAUGAACCUCCAGUACUUUCAGAUGAAGAACAAAAUGAAAACAUUCCAGCUACCGAAAAAGAGGUGGAAAAAGACAGUGGACUCACAGAAACAGUUGUCGAGGAAAAACAGGAAUAUAAAGAUUUUACCGUUGUUGAAACAGUAGAACAAGAAGUUGCAUUUAAUCUACCUACUGGAAAAGAAGAAAAUAAAGACACUGGAAAGGUCGAGAAAAAGGUUGAGUACAAAGGUUUACCCAUUGAUAAGACUACUGACCUGUUCUUAGACAUAUUAGAUGAACCUCCAAUAUUUUCUGAUGAGGAGCAAGAUGAAAACACUGCAGCUACCCAAAAAGAGGUGCAAAAAGACAGUGUAAUUACAGAAACUGUCAUUGAAAAAGAAAAGGAAUAUAAAGACUUACCCGUUGCUGAAACAGUAGAAGAGCAAGUUGCAUUUACUUUGCCUACUGAAAAAGUGCAAAAAGACUCCAUCACCACAGCAAACGUACAUAAAAAGGUUGAAUACAGAGGUUUACCCAUCGAUAAGACUACUGACCUGUUCUUAGACAUAUUAGAUGAACCCCCAAUAUUUUCUGAUGAGGAACAAGAUGAAGACACUGCAACUACCGUAAAAGAGGUGCAAAAAGACAGUGUAAUUACAGAAACUGUCAUGGAGAAAAAAGAGGAAUAUAAAGAUUUACCCGUUGGUGAAACAGUGGAAGAGGAAGUUGCAUUUACUUUACCUACUGAAAAAGUACAAAAGGACUCCGUCACCACAGCAAACGUCGAGAAAAAGAUUGAAUACAAGGGUUUACCCAUUGAUAAGACUACUGAUUUGUUCUUAGAUAUAUUGGAUGAACCUCCAAUAUUUUCAGAUGAGGAACAAGAUGAAACCACUGCAAUUACCCAAAAAGUGGUGCAAAAAGACAAUGCAAUUACAGAAACUGUCGUCGAGAAAAAAGUGGAAUAUAAAGAUUUACCCGUGGUUGAGACAGUAAGACAAGAAGUUGCAUUUAUUUUACCUACUGAAACUACUGAAAAAGUACAAAACUACUCCAUCACCACAGAAAACGCCCAGAAAAAGGUUGAAUACAAAGGUUUACCCAUUGACAAGACUAUCGAUCUGUUCUUAGACAUAUUAGAUGAACCUCCAAUAUUUUCAGAUGAGGAACAAGAUGAAAACACUGUAGCUACCCAAAAAGAGGUGCAAAAAGACAGUGUAAUUACAGAAACUGUCUUCGAGAAAAAAGAGGAAUAUAAAGAUUUACCCGUUGAUGAAACAGUAGAAAAGGAAGUUGCAUUUACUUUACCUACUGAACAAGUACAAAUGGACUCCAUCACCACAGAAAACGUCCAGAAAAACGUUGAAUACAAAGGUUUACCUAUUUAUAAGACCACUGAACUCUUCUUAGACGUACUAGAUGAACCUCCAGCAUUUUGGGAUGAGGAACAAGAUGAAGACACUGCAGCAACAGAAAACGAAGGGCAAAAAGAUGCAAGUGCAAUUACAGAAACUGUUGUCGAGGAAGAAAAGGGAUAUAAAGAUUUGCCCGUUGUUGAGACAGUAAAACAAAAAGUUGCAGUCACGUUACCUACUGAAAAAGAAGUACAAAGUGAUAUUGCUAAUACAGAAAGGACUGAGAAAAAGGUUGAAUACAAAGGUUUGCCUAUUGAUAAGACUACUGACCUGUUCUUAGACAUAUUAGAUGAUCCUCCAAUAUUUUCUGAUGAGGAACAAGAUGAAAACACUGUAGCUACCGAAAAAGAAGUGCAAAGAGACAGUAUAAUUACAGAAACUGUCAUCGAGAAAAAAGAGGAAUAUAAAGAUGUACCCGUUGUUGAAACAGUCGAAGAGAAAGUUGCAUUUACUUUACCUACUGAAAAAGUACAAAAUGACUCCAUUACCACAGCAAACCUCGAGAAAAAGGUUGCAUACAAAGGUUUACCCAUUGAUAAGACUACUGAUCUGUUCUUAGACAUAUUAGAUCAACCUCCAAUAUUUUCAGAUGAGGAACAAGAUGAAAACACUACAGCUACCCAAACAGAGGUGCAAAAAGACAAUGUAAUUACAGAAACUGUCGUCGAGAAAAAAGAGGACAAUAAAGAUUUACCUGUUGUUGAUAAAGUAGAACAAGAAGUUCCAUUUACUCUACCUAUUGAAAAAGUACAAAAAGACAUAGAAAACGUCGAGAAAAAGGUUGAAUACAAUGGUUUACCUAUUGAUAAGACCACUGAACUCUUCUUAGACGUACUAGAUGAACCUCCAGCAUUUUGGGAUGAGGAACAAGAUGAAGACACUGCAGCAACAGAAAACGAAGAGCAAAAAGAUGCAAAUGCAAUUACAGAAACUGUUGUCGAGGAAGAAAAGGGAUAUAAAGAUUUGCCCGUUGUUGAGACAGUAAAACAAAAAGUUGCAGUCACGUUACCUACUGAAAAAGAAGUACAAAGUGAUAUUACUAAUACAGAAAGGACUGAGAAAAAGGUUGAAUACAAAGGUUUGCCUAUUGAUAAGACUACUGACCUGUUCUUAGACAUAUUAGAUGAACCUCCAAUAUUUUCUGAUGAGGAACAAGAUGAAAACACUGUAGCUACCGUAAAAGAGGUGCAAAAAGACACUACAGGUACAGAAACUGUUACCGAGACGAAAGUGGAGGAUAAAGAUUUACCUGUUAAUAAAAUGGUAGAACGAAAUGUUGAAAUUUCGUCUACUGAAGAAGAAUUGCAAAAGGAGUCUAUUACAGCAGAAAAAGUUGAGGAAAAGCUCGAGACACGCAUUGAUCAAACAGUAGAACAAGAAGCUGCUAUACCUACUAAAAGCGAAAUACAAAAAGACGCUCCUGCAACAGCAAAGGUGGAGGAAAAAGUCGUAAAAAAGGUCGAAUACAAAGGUUUACCCAUUGAUAAGACCACUGAUCUCUUCUUAGAUAUAUUAGACGAACCUCCAAUAUUUUCGGACGAAGAACAAGGUGAAAACACUGAUGCUACCGAAAAAGACGUUCAAAGAGAUACUGUAAUUACAGAAACCACAAAUCUUCUCUUAGACAUUCAUAAUGAACCACCAGUACAUUCAAGUGGGGUACAAAAUGAAAAUUCUGCAGUUAUUGAAAAGGAAAUGCAAACAAAUACUAUCGUUACAGAAAAGGUUACUGAAAAAAAGGUUGAAUAUAGAGGUCUACCAAUCGACGAAUCUACUAAUCAUUUCAUAGAUAUACUCGAUCAACCUAUGACAUUUUCUGAUGACGAAGGUGACAGCAAUAACGACAGUAUAAAACAGCAUGCUGUCCAGGAAAUUGAACUAAACAAAAGUUUGACUCAAGAAGAAAAUACUCCUACACAACCAGUUACUUCUUGGGCUAAAAUUGUCGGUGAAAAGAGAGAAGUUUUCAGUCCGGAAAUAUUAGACAGUAAUAAACUAGAACCUAAGGAAUUCUCAGCAAUAACAACUGUAAGAGAAACGUCACCUGAGAUAAAACUUGAUAUAGAUUCUGCAACAGAUGUCAAAAAGAACAAAAAGAAGAAACACAAAAAGAGACAGCACCACGUAGAGAAGCCAUCGGAACCUGCGUUUAUUGUAACUGAAGAAAUAUUGUCUAUACCCGAGAAAAAAUUGGAAACUUCGGAAGAAGUUUCUGAAACUGAUAAAAGUACUCCAAAAUUAAGUAAUGAACCUACUCAAGAAACAAAAUCUAAAAAGAAGAAACAUAAAAAGAAGCGUCAUCUUAAUGUUGACCAUGAGCCAAUAAAAACGGAUGUUAAAAUAGAAAAAAGUGAACAGUUAUAUGAGAUGGAAAAAGUUCAAGAUGGAGCAGAUACUACCAUUAAUUCGACGACUUCUUGGGCUGCUGUUGUUGGAAAUAAAUCAAUACCAGUUGAUACUGAAGAAUUUGUGACUACAGAUGUUUAUAAAGUGAAAGAGAACCAACAGGAAUAUAAAACCAUUGAAGAACACGAUGUUACGAUUGCAGAUUCAACGGAUAUUGAACCCGAAACAGAACAUAUGUUGAUUAAACCGGAUGCAUCAGUAGCUCUUCAUACUGAAACAUCUGUAGAAAAAGGGGUAUCGAAAAUAAGUUCAAUAACAGAAUUUAUCGAUGAAGAAAAGAAAGAUACAUCUGAUAGAGUAAGCGAAUUAUCCUCUACAACAUCCACGUGGGCUAGUAUUGCAAGUCCUAAAGAAGACCAAGAGACAACUACCUAUGAUGCUAAAGUUGAAAGAGAUGUUGUAGAAAGAGAUGCUGUAGAUAAACAUAUUGUAGACAUUGAGAUAUCGAAACCGCCUCAAGACAAAUCCGAUGAGAAAAAACCUAAAAAGAAAAAAUCUAAAAAGAAACAUUUACAAGAACUUUUAACUGAAGAGGUGGAAUUGGGAAAUAAAAUAGAAUCAACAAUAAAAAAUGAGUCUCCUUUGAUAAAUGAAAGUGAAAAUAAAACAUCUAUAUCGUGGGCUAAUAUUGUUCAAUCUAAUUUAGAACCACAUGAUGAGACAGUUGUUUUCCAAGCCGAGCAAAAAUCUGAGUUAUUGCCAGAUGUACUCCUUAAAUCAGAAACUGUUUCAACUGAGAUACAACAAGAUUCAAAUUCAAUUGAACAAGGUCUGUCCAAAGAUAAAAAAUCGAAGAAAAAGAAACAUAAGAAGAAAAAUGUACCAUUAGAGGAAGAAAAACUUUCAUUUGAGAUAACCGAAGAAAUAUUACCUGUUACUGAAGAUAAUGAUAGAAAUAUACAUGUGGAAGAUAUCGAGAUACCAUCUUAUGAAGAUACGAAACAGACAGAUAUUUCAGUAAAUGAGAAUCUAUCUCAAACUGAAAAUGAAACUAGUUCAACAGUAUUUGAUAAACCAGAUAUUGACAAAUUAACUGAAGAAAUAUUAAUGUCAUCUGAACCAACUCCUAAUCUACAAGAAUUCAUUGAAAGAGAAAAACUUGUAAACCUUCCUUCUGUAGAUAUUUCCAUUAAUGAAGAAAAUCAACUUGAAAACAUUGAUAACGUUGCACAAAUAAGAUCUCAGGAAGAAAACGUAUCCACGACAACUUCAUGGGCAGAUAUUGUUAGUUUCAACAUUGAAAAGAGACAUGAAUUUACCGUCCCCUCUCAUAAUAAAGAGAUACUUGCAGAACAACCUAUCCUUCCGGUCGGGUCUCUUGAAGAAGAACAAAAUUUGCCAUUAACACCAGAACUUAAAGAUCAGGAGCAUGCUACUACAACUGGUAAAGAUCAUAAAAGAAAGAAGAUCAAGAGGAAACAUCAUUCAGCUGUAGACUCAAAUCCUGCUUUUAUAGUAACAGAAAAAAUUAUACACAUACCAGACAAAGAACAAACUACUGAUGAGAAGAAAUCUCAAAAACAAAAGAAAAAUAAACAAUCGACAAAAACGAUUAUAGACUCAGAUCUACUUUAUGAAGAUAAAGAACCCACUGAAAAUGUUGUAAAUCUUGAGGAUUUCAUUGAUGAAGAACGUAAACAAUACAUUCCUAGUAACUUAAAUAAACCUGAGCAGUCGAAAGAACUAGCGGAGGCUACUGCUACAGAAGAUUACAUAACAGAAAUUAAUAUAAAUCAAACAUCAACUUUACCUACAUUUACCGAAGAAUCCCAAGAUAAAAAAUCGAAGAAAAAGAAACAUAAAAAGAAAGUAGAACCGGUUAUAGAGCCAACUAAGAUUGCUGUUGAUGCCACUAAAGAUGCGCCACAAGAAGUUCUCUUCAAAGAUAGCAGAACGUGGGCAAACAUUGUACAAUCUAAUUUAGAUCAACCUGAAGUAACAUCUAAUCAAGAUCAAAUACAUGCAUUAUCUAAUGUAAAUCAAGUUGAUGUGACGCAACUGGAAGAACAUGAAGAGCCAGAAAUAAAAGCGGUGAACAUAGAAAGUAAACUUGAACACGAAUUGAGCGAAGAUGAUAAUAUGAAACCAGAUAAAAAAUCUAAGAAAAAGAAACAUAAAAAGAAACAAACUGCAACGGACGCAGUAGAAAAACCGGCGUUUGUUAUAACGGAGGAGAUAUUAUAUAUUCCUGAGCACACAAAAACAUAUUCCAGUAAAGAAAAGAGAUCUAAACAAAAGAAACAGAAAACAAUAAAUACUCCACCAUCUGAAAAUCAGGAGGGAGCUAUACCCUAUGUUGUACUUAUUAAUGAAAAGGAUUAUGAAAUGGUAGACGAUAAACAUGAUGAACGUGAUAUAACAGAAGUAUCCGAGGAUACUGAUAGACAAGCAUCUCCAGAACAUAUUUUGCCAUCAAAUGCUCAGGAAAGAGGAGCCGAUUCAGAAGAAAUAGUUUACAAAGGCGUUCCUAUAGAAAAUCUGGAUACAACUACAAUUGUCGAAGAAAUGAAAAUUUCAGAAAUAGAAGAAAAGUCAAUUGUUCCUACACCUAUAGAAGAUGAAGAGGAAACAUCAAAUAAAAUUGGUGAAACAGAAAAAGAAAUUGUAUCUGCAAAUACUCUAGUACAUUACGAAGUUAUUAAACCAGUCGUCAGUACAACUCACAUAAUCGACUCUUUAAUCACUGAAAGCGUAACAAAAUCAGAAAUUCAGCAAGAACCAAAAGAUCUUACACCAGAUGUAAUCAAUACAGAGGAAUUAGUUGGUAAAGAUGAAGAUACAGUUUUAUCGGCAGGUAUUCUAAAGAAAAGCAAAUCUGAUGAAAACGUUACACCUCAAAUUACUCUUAAGAAAGAUACCGUUUUAGACGAAGUUCAUCAAGAGAUUUCUGAAAGUCCAGAACAAAAGUUAAACGAAACUGAAACACCUGCAACUGUUGAGGUAGUCUGCUCAGAAAUACCAGUAUAUACUAAAGAAGUGAAUAUUGCAGAAAGUUCACCUGAAGAAAUUUGUGAAAUUACAAACACACUGACUGAGAACAUAAUUAAACGCGAAAGUGAACAACAGCCGUCAGAAAUAAUUAAAACCGAUGAAUUUGUUACUAAAACCGAAGUUACUGUUUUAUCGAUGGAUAAAAUAGAGGAAAGCCGUGCUGAUAAAGAAUUUAUUACAGAAAUUAUACCUGAAACGGAUACUGUUUUAGAUGAAAUUAUAAAAUCUCUAAAACCAGCGUCCCAUAAAACGGGAGAAACAUCAGAAGCAACUGAAACAGAAAGAAUCAUUGAAACAGUGUCUGCCUUAGUGAAUGAAGAAGAACCACCAAUAUGUACAAAAAUACCUGAAGAAAUUGUGCCUAUUAUAGAAAAUAAAAUUAAGGAAGAUGUAGCACAGGCUCAGAAUAUCCUAGACUUUGAUGAAGAUAUUUUAAAAUACGAUAUUAUUGGACAAAAUCAGGCUUUAGAAAAGCAUGUAAUUGCUGAAAAAACAAAUCUGUUAGUGAACAAAAAUGAAAACGAAAACUUACCUCUGGGAGAAUCAGUUUCAGGAGUUACAUCUAGAAAGGACACCGUUCGUGAUGAGAGUCUUCAAGGAGAUCUUGUAACUUCAUUGUCUGACACAACAAAUAUAACUGAAGAUGUAACACAAGUUACAAGGAAAUUAACAGUUGACGAAGAUAUUUUGAAAUAUGAUGUUAUUGGACAAAGUCAAGCUGAAACUAAUUUUAUAAGUAAUAAAUCGGAAAAAGUUAAUGAAGAACCGCUUAUAUUAGGAAGCACAAACGACGAACUGAAACAAAACUUACAACAAAUAACAAUAGAAGAAGAUCUACUUAAAUAUGACAUAUUAAAGAUGGCUAGAGAAGAAGAUAAUUAUUAUACUCAACAAUCGACAACUAAGGACAAUGAAUUUUUAGAAAACGAAGACGAAUUGAUUAAGCGACCUCUAACCACACCUAUAAUUGAAGGCCCUCAAUACGAUAUUUUGUAUUUAUUAAAAUCUGAAAUUGCGUGGUAUGAACAGAAAUCAAAAGCAAUUCAAUCGGAGACUAUUACAGAACAAUUUGUAGAACCACUUGAAAUAAAUAUACCUGACUUAAAUUCCGGUAACAAAGAAAUAUCAAGCGUAACAUCAGACGUAUCGACCGAAAUAAUCGAGUCAUCCCAGUCUCCAUCCUAUCCCUCAACCAAAGACUCACCUCUAAAAUCCACCACAAUGAUUGUAAGUACGUCGAACCUAGAGGAAAUACCACCCACAACAACUUGCACUAAUACUAUUAUAGAUUUUAUAUCCCAAGAAAUAAAACACACAGAAGCUCAGAUAUUUUCUAACGAAAAUGAAACAAGUCAGUUAGUUAAAGAUCAAAGUGAAAAAUUAGAUGAAACAGAAAUUUCUGAAACAUCAGAUGUGAUAUACUCGAUUGAAAAUCCUGAGAAAUCCAUCAUAGAGUCAUUUGAAGGACAGACUGACAGUACUGAAGAUGUUAAGUCUGAAAAGUUGGAGAUAGAGCGAAUUGGACAAAACGAUACUGCUAAUUACAAUUCUUCUGGAGAAAUUUACGAACCUUCAUCGCAUAUACAAAGUGAUGACAUCCUUUCCGAUAUAAUUAGUGAUGAAAAGAAUAAAGAAUAUCAAGAUGAAGAACAACUAACCUCCCAAGCUUCAGAAACUGAUGAAAAGGUUUCUACAGACAAAAUACAUCAAGAGCAACCACAAGAAUUGCUAAAUGAAACUCAAGAACCACCCAACGAGAAUGUACAAACUAAAGAAGAAAAUGCAUUGAUAUAUACAGAAGAUGAUGAAGGUGAACAACAACUUAUACAAGUAGUCCGACAAGUUUCAAAAACUGAUGAAGAAAUAUCUACAGAUACAAUUAAUCUAGAACAACCACAAGAAUUAAUUAGUGAAGCUGAAGAACCACCUAAAGAGAAUAUACAAACUAAAGUUUCUGACGAAGAAAAUGCAUCGAAACAUACAGAAGAUGAAGAUGAAGGUGAACAACAACUUAUACAAGUAGUCCGACAAGUUUCAAAAACUGAUGUAGAAAUAUCUAUAAAUACAAUUAAUCAAGAACAACCACAAGGAUUGAUUAGUGAAGCUGAAGAAUCACCUAAAGAUAAUAUACAAACUAAAUUUUCUGACGAAGAAAAUGCAUCGAAAAAUAUAGUAGAUGAAGAUGAAGGUGAACAACUUCCACAAGUAGUCCGCCAAGUUUCAAAAACUGAUGAAGAAAUAUCUAUGGAUACAAUUAAUCAAGAACAACCACAAGGAUUGAUGAGUGAAGCUGAAGAGCUACUUAAAGACAACGUUCAAAGUCAAGUUUCAGUUGUCAUGGAAGAAGAUGCACCGGAAAAUGUAGAAGAUAAAAAUGAAGAUGGAAAAUGUGGUUUUUCAUCUACAACAGUACAAGUGGUCCACCAACUCCCAAAGACUGAUGAAACUGAAGAACAAAUACAAGCAUUCAUUAAUAAAGCUGACGAACCACCUAAAGAUAAAGUACAAAGUAAAGUUUCUGAUGAAGUAGAAGAUAUGCCUUCUGACGGUGAACCAUCCGACGACCGCAAACUUUCAGAAUUUGAGGCGAUUAUAGAUAAGGCUACGGAAUUUGUGCCCAAAUCCUGUUCUGAUAUGAAAUCUGACUUGUCAACAGAGGCAUCUGAAUUUAUUCCAAAAGCAGAAUCACGUCUCAAUCCCAAUGCAGCUGAGUUUAUACCAGGAUCGGAUCAGAAAUCAACUGAUUAUAUCGACUACUCAGCAGUAUACAAGUCGCCAGCACAGUCCUAUGAAGAAAGUCAAGUAUGGGACUACAGUAAAACUGUCUAUAACGUACCAAAUGAACCUGAUCAAUUCGACUCAGGUUUUGAAAUACCUCCGGAUCACGCUAGCAAUUUAUGGGUCAACGAAAUUUUACAUGAACCGUCUGACGAACUUAUAAUUCACGAGGAUAAUAAAACCGAUUCUAAUGAGUUAAUUCAAGCUGAAAUUAAAGACAGUGUUAGUAACAAACCUGAAGUUCAAUCCAAAAUUGACAUAGAGCAGGAAAAAAUUGAAGAGAGCCUGUUGCCUAAAAAUGUGGUUUCAGAAUUGCAAACUAGUAGCACAUCUGAUAUUCUUACUACCACAACAUUAUCCUGGACCAACAUUAGUGACAACGUAUCACCUGAAACACAUACAGAUCUGCAAAUUACAGACAAAGAAAACUUAGAUUUUACACCUACGUCAUCGCCUCUUGAAACUACAGUAAUUGCUGAGAAACAGGAAGAAAAGCCAACUGAAUCUCCAAAAGGUAAAACAAAAUCCUCAAAACGUAAGCCUAAACCUCAAGAGGAAAGCGUUUUUGCAUCUGAUAUAAUUACCAAGAAGGUCGAGACUGAAGUUAUGCAACCGAUAAAUGUCUGGGAAAAUUUAAAGAAAGGUGAUAAGACAUAUGCUGAUGUUGUAGCAAGCAACAUUCCAGAAAAACAAGCAGUAAAGCAAACAGAGUCAUCUCCAAUAAAAGUAACUGAAAAAACAAAAGUUGAAAUAAAAGUUACAGAGUCAGAGGAACCUCAAGAGCCAACAAUAAAGGAAGAGGAAAUUGAUGGAUUUACUGAGAUUGUAACUAAAAAAGGUAAAAAAUCGCGCUCACGUUCACGUUCCAAACUUGAUGGUAAACAAAAAUCUGACGACGAACCUCAACCUGAAGCAAAACUUGAAGAAAUAUCAGUAGAAGAUGAAUCACCUAAGAAACAAAAGCGUAAAUCUAGAAAAAGAUCUAAAUCACCAAGAAUUGCUACAGAACCAACUGAACCAACUUCAGAAAUUGACACUGUAGACUCUUCAAUUAAUAGGAAAGAACGGAUAAAAGAACCAGUAGCUGUUAAAGAACCGGCGACUUACGAGUCAAAUGUUUUGACUUAUGCCAAAAUUCUAACAACUUCAAGCAGAGAUAGUUCUCCGAAACCAAAAGUUAUACUUGAAUAUACAGAUCAUGUAUCUACUCUUUCGGAAGAACAGACAAAAUUAAAUCCUAAAGUCAAAUCAUUAGAGAAAGUAGAUAUGUCUGAGGAGCUACCAUUAGAAGAAAAUAUUGAAUUUACCAUCGCUUCUAGCAAAAACAAAUCUGGAGACACUUAUUACGUAGAAAAUAAAGACGAUCUGACAGUUGAAGAUAUAAGUUUAGAACCAGAUAAAUUAGAUGAAACUAAAAUGAUAACUCUAAAAGACACUAUAACAAAAUCAGUAGAAGUCGAAAUAAAUACUAUUAAAGGCACUACGACUAGUUUCCUAGAACAAGAGAAACUUUCUAGUGAAGCCGUUGUUACAUCUAAAUCUUGUGAUAUUUCUCCAGAGGAAUCUCUAGAAAUUAUUUCGCCUGAUGUAAAGGCUACUUCUAAAGAUGAUAUAGCUACAGAAAAGGUAAAUAAAACUAAACGCAAGUCGAGAAAACACAAGAAACCAAUUUUAGUGGAAAAUGUCGAUAACAUUGACGUUGAUGAAUCACAACAAACAGAAACAACUGAACUCCAAACUGAAUCAGUUGUAAGUGAUGCGAUAUCUGGUUCUAAUAGUCAUUUAACAUAUGCAGAUAUUAUCAAGACAGGAAGAAGUAGAGAAUCUUCUCCUCAACCAAGUAUCUCCCCUGUAAAGGAAAAGACAACAACUAAACCCAGAGAACAAAUUGAAACCAAAGUAAACCUAGAAGAAACUUGCGAUAUUGGAAUUUUGCCAGAUUUAGUAGCCCAAGAUAGAGGAUAUAUUGUAACUGAAACUAAAUCCCGAACAGAAUUAGCAUCUCCGCAGAAUACUACAGAUCUUGUGGAAUUAUAUCCUCAAUCUCAGCCGGUAAACAUUACUAAUGAGGAAAAAAUAAUUGAAGCUGAAGUUUUAGAUAAUGAUCAACCUCUUACCAUAAAAGAAGAUGAUUUUAGAGCUGCAAAUCUUGAUGUGAAUGAUGUUGCUUUACGGGAACCGGUAGAUAAUACCGAUAAUAAAAAAAUUAUCACCUCAGAUGAUUCAAGUUUUAGAACGUACGCAGAAAUACUAUCAUCACAACAAAGUGAGUUGGUUUCAAAAAUAAAUGAAGAACCAAUACGUAGACAACAUUCACCACAAAAAACACCUGAAAUUCAAAUUAAAGUAACUGAGGAAACUGUAACACAACCUCGACCUGAAACAGAUUCAGAUGGAUUCGUACCAGUAUUAAGUAAAAGAGAUCGUUCCAGAUCAAGAACGAGAUCAAAAAGUUAUCAAGAACCCGAAGAUAGUCAAGAAAUGAGAACCAGUAAGCGAGAUGAGACUUCAUUCGAAAUAAAAUUUACUGAGAGUACCACAGUGGUGAAGGAUGAUAUACCUACAAAAUCUGAGAGUUAUGUAGAAACAAAAUCACCAUUAAAAAGUUGGGCUUCAAUAGUUAAAUCAAAAACAGACAAAGUAAUAGAUACUCUUCCUGGAAGUCCCAAAAUUGAUGUAACUAUCACACAUGAGUUAGAAGAACAUUCAGAAGAUAUAAAAGAGGAAGUCGAAGAUAAAGAACUAAACAAAAAAUCUAAAAAGAGAAAAGAAAAAGGUCGAGGCAUUUUAGAGGGUAUUAUUUCUUCUGUUAAACAUGCAGUCACUAGCAAAAAAGACGAGGAUGAUCAACAAGCCGUUAAAGAUUUAACAGAAGAACCUAAGAAACAUAAAAAGAAGAAAGGUAAGAAAAACAAACAAAUCCAAGACUCUGAAGAAGCAGAUCAUACAAAUAUAGAAACACAACAACCAAGUGAAAUAAAAAAAUCAGUGCAGGAAAUAUCACCAAAGAUUGAAACUUCCUUAAUCCACGAUUUUAUAGAAAAUGAAAAACUAUUUACAUCUGAAGAUACUAAAUGUAAUAUUAAAGAACCAGAAAUUGAAAAAACGAACGUAAAGAAAGAUUCAGAAGGAAAAGUUGAUAGUUUUAUGGGAAAAAUAAUAUCUAGGGUACUUAGUCCAAAAAGAGAAAAACAAGAAAAAUCAAAUGAUCAUGCUUCUCCUUCUGAUACUGAAAAAUCAAGCAAGAAAAAGAACAGAAAAUCAAAAUCAGACCAUAAAAAGGUUCAACAAGAUGUAGAAAGCAUGAAGACUGAGGAGUCGGAAAUACCGCAACAAAUAUUAAAGGAAGAAAUAUCAAAAGAUCAAAAAGGAGAGGAAUAUGAACUGAUUAAAUCAGAAAAUACUUUGACAGAAAAUUUGGAUAUUGAAAAAGCAGAAAUUGAAAGCAGCAAAACUUUGGAAGAUGACGCAAAUAUUGUGGGUACAUUAGAGAUUACAUCAGAGCAGCAGCCUUUGCAAGAAACGGUAGAAUGUAAAAUAGAGGAAAUAAUUCCAUACGAGAAACCUAUAGAAUUAACUUCAAAGGAAGAAGUUGAAUUAAUUCAAUAUGAUGAAUCCGACGCUGAAGAAAACAUAAAUUUCAUAGACAGUGAGAAGUUGGUUGAACUUACCCCUACUGAAGAAAUUAAGUUAGCAGAAAAAAUCAAAGUAGUUUCAGAAACAGAGGAGGCAAAGGAGAUAGAGAAAGAAAAAGUAGAAGUAGGUGAUAAAUUUGUGGAACAAACCGCAUCUCAAGAAAUAAAAUUAGUAGCAGCAGAAACUGUUAUCGAAGAACUUCCAAAACUGGUUGAAACUGAGGAUAUAAAAACAGAUAAAAAUAGUAAAGAUGAGCAUGAUGAGGCAGAAAUAGGAAGCAUACCAACAUCAAUAACAGAUAAACAGAAAAUUGCUGCCGUAAACGACUUUUUAGCCGAGGCUAAGAAAUAUGAGGAGAUUAUAAAGGAACAACUUCCCCCUAGAGAAGUAACAGAAGAUGUCGAUGAGAUAAAAGAAACAAAACAAACAAAUAAGAAGAGCAGCAAAAAAGAAGGCAAAGUCAAACGUCAAAAAUCGAAAGAGGAAGACUCAGAUGGUGACCAGAAAAAAACAGGAAUAAUUAAGAGUAUUGUUAGCAAUAUAUUUGAUAAACUCACUAGAAGAAAAUCGAAAAGUCCUGAAGACGAUUCAUUGGAAAUAUUUAAUUGUAAUUUAUCUAAAGAUACAAGCUUUUGGGUAACGAAAGGUAUAUACGAUGAAGCAGAAACAAAUUGGCAGAUAUGUUUGGCUCAGCAACCGACAAAAGCAGAAACGGAAAUUGUACAUUCAGCUCCUGAAGUUAACUCUGAUCAUUUGGAGUUACUGGCACAUAAUAUAGACUUGGAUGAAACAUUUUGGAUAACAAAAAUGAUCUACGAUGAAGCAGAAGAUACCUGGCAAUUGGCUCUAGCUCAACAAAAUAAAUUAAAAGCAUCAGGAGACAGUGCCAAGCCAUCUGAUGGUCGGCCAGAUAAAGACGACGAUUCAGACAGCUCUAGUGGUAGAGGUUCUCCUUUCAACAAACCUGAUGGAGAAUCACUUGGCAAUGCUAGACCUGGAUCAGAGUACAUGAUGUACAAUCUACCAGGAGGCAUAGCAGGUUGGAAAGACAAAAGCACAUAUUUAUCUUCAGAACCCAUCGUAGCAACUGAUAUUGAGAGAGAUGAGACUACGGAACAAACGCGAAUUUCAUUUACGGGUAGUUCCGGUGUUACAGUCGCGAAAUCGGUCGAUGAACAUUUAUCCGCGGCAAAAAAACUGUCCGAGAGCAUCGCCGAGGACGUAAUCAGUGACGAUUCACCUCCACACUCUAUCCCAGACCAAAAACUUCCACCUCUAGGGCCCCACAAGCAGCCAACGACUUCUACAGAUUUAACUGUCAGCCCUACCGAUGACAGCAACCAACUGAAGAAGAAUCUCACGGAUGACGUUAUCCAAUUGCAGCAAUCAUUAGUCUCAACCGAGACUAGCAUCGACUUCCUUCCCCAAGAAGGAUUCCAAGAAAUGAUAGAUGCAUUGGAGAACAUAACCAGCGAUCUGAAGAAGCAUGCGGCGGAGGCAAUCCGCCUUGAAGGUCAUGUGAAUCGCUUGACCUCCGACCACGAGACGCAGUCUCUGGCAGCUCAUCUUGCUGGUAUCCGAACGCGCAUCGCAACGCUUCUCUCGCAAGCUGAGAACGGUAGAAUACUAGUUAAGAACGCACAGCAACUGCAAAUAAAGAAGCAGGAAGAGCUGACUCAGUACCAGAUUCUUCUGACGGAAAUAGAAGUGUGGCUCGAAACAACCCGGACAACUAUCGAAAAUUUCAUUAAACCAACCGAAGAGAAACAGGUUGAAAUUUGUAUAUCAGAUUUUGAGAAACUAAAUCGAGAACUCGAAGAAAAAGAAAAGAAGUUAAGAGAAUUAGCUACAGUUUGUAAAGAAUUUGAGAAAUAUCCGGAUCUGCAAGGAUUAGUUUCAACUUUACUUAACCAACUUGAAAUAUUAACGGAUAUUUUUGAGGAACAGAAAACCAUUAUAACAACCAAUAUAGACGUACUAAAGGUGCAACUGAUCGAAUUGAAAGAAGAAAGGCUUAAGCCAACUCAGACACCAGAUUUAUCGUUAGAAAACACGUUGGACUCUGCUUCUAUGCCUAUAGAAGAAACUCCUGUUCCUGUGGAUUCGAAGAAAGUAACUGAAGAGUUCCUCGUUCGAGAGGUGGUACAAUCCGGAGUACACACACAAACCCAAACUGGAAGGAGUUUAAUUUCACCAGUUGAAGAACCGGUUACUAAAGAUUUUAGUGUUACUUAUAAUCAACCGGUAGAUGCACAAAUUCAGACACAAAUGUCUCAAUCCUCUAGCGAAGGUGAACCAGCACAGCACAAAGAAACUAUAACGAUAUCAAAACGGACAUCCGGUGGUAAAGAGACUAUUCAAAUUGCGACGAAACCUAUGGCUGAAUCUCAACCCAUCGUAGAAGAACCUGAUGAUCUGUUAGUCGAAGCAAACUAUAGAAAACGUCCAGAGUCAGAAACGAAAUCAACAGAGUUUAACAUCUCAAAUGUUGCUCCACAUCAAGCAUUCGAAACAGUUUUCGUUGAACCGGACGAAACCACUACAGAAGUUAUUGUGGAUGCCGAUGGUACAAAGAGGAUAAUAGUAAAGAAACUUCACAGAACUGUGGUGAGACAUCAACAGUCCACGCAACAACAACAAUUAACCACUUUAAGUACGCUUGCUGAGGGUGAGAUACCUGUAAGUCAGUCGUUCUCUCAAAUUACUUUACAAGGACAACAGAGUCAAACGACCGUUGCCAAAGGAGAUGGCAGCAAAGCAACUGUAAGCAGUCAACAAUAUGGCGGAAAAGUUGUGUCUGGUGUUCCUGGUGGUGAUAUUGAUGUUCAUGAAUAUCAGACUGAACCCGAAACACACUAUAGUAUAGUUGGACCUACAUUGAAGCCAGAAGAAGUUGAAGUUCAAGGGAUUAAACUGCAUGAAGGUGAUAUCACCUUUGUAGACAAUCAAAACAAUCAGUUACUUCCUGCUGAUAAGGCGCAAAUAACCGUAGAAGGUAGUGAAAUUCACACAUCCAGUUCUAGUGUAAGAGCAGUAGUCCAGCAAGUUACGAGAAGAAUAAUAAGAAAAACACGACGAAUUAUACGUAGAACGGUAAUAAUAGAUGGUAAAGAACAUGUGACUGAAGAAGUGGUCGAAGAGCCAGAAGAAAUUGAAGUGACAGAAGAAGGUAUACCAAGAGUAAGCAUUAAUAUUACAAGAACAGAAGAUGGAAAAGUUGUGCAGAAGCAACAGUUUGACGAACCAGUUUCUACUGAUGAGCCAGAAGUUACACAAAAAGUUACUACUGUGGUUUUAGAUUCUACUGGAAGGCCAAUGGAAAACUUACCAGAAAACGUAACAGUUAUAUCUCAUCCAGAUCAUAGGUAUGUUGUAGAACCAUUCACUGCACCCCAGCCUAAAUAUGCACCACAGGUCACUGAACUAGUCGAACAAGUUUCAGAAAAAGAUCAGGCAGCAUCACAAAGUACUGUCAUCAGAAAUUUCCUAGAAAAUGAAAGGCUUGCUCUUAGUCCACUUGAAAGUAGUAAAGUUGAUAAAGCACCUAGUAUCGAUGCUGCACCACAAAGUACAGAUAAGAAGAGAGAGAAAGACAAAAAGACUCCUGACGACGAGUCCCCGAGUGGUACUCAAACUAAAGAAAAUGUUUCUGUUACUCCAGUGGAAGCUCCCCUUCCUUCUGAUUCACAAGUAGAAACAGUAUCCAAAGAGCUACCCGAUAUUGAACAAAUAACCCAACUAUUGACAGAGGCAGUAUUAGAUACUAUACCAAAGGAAACUACCAAAAUAAGCGAAAUUCAAGAAUUAAAAGAAUCAAAAGAAAUUGACCAGACAAUAUCCCCAACAGACUCGAUUGAUUCCACAACAUUCACAAUUGAGAAACCUUCUGCAGCAACUAUAAUUAGCGCAAAAAAAUUAGCAGUUAAAGAGUUACAACCACACAAAGAAAUUAAUCAAAAAAUGGAAGUUACAAGUUCUUCAGUUGAAAAAGAACCAGCAGGUACCACAAUAAUAACUGAAGCGAUACAUUCUACAGAUCCUACUUCUCCUAGAACAGAAUUAGAUAUAAUUACAAUAACAUCUCAAAUAUUAGAAGAAUCAACAGAAGUGAAACCUGAAUCUACUGAGCUGUCAAAAGAACACCCUGAACCUGCCCCUGUGAUAAUAAAAACCGAAUAUGUAAGCCAGGUUUCAGAGAGCUCUCCCAUUCCAGUUAUCAAAACUGAAACAGUAACAACAGAACCGCCAGUAGGUAUACCAAAACAAAUAGAAUCAUUACCUGAACAAAGUAAUCCAACUACGAUUGUGUACGAACCGGUUUUGGAAAUAAAAACUGAAGCUUUAGAUCAAACACCAAAGGUAACAGAGUUAACUAAACAAGUCGAAACAGAUAUCACGACACAUACUCCUGACAGUUUUCCAAUUCUAAAAGCAGAAGUAGGAAUAAUAGAACAUGCAAAAACCGAGUCAGCAACAACCCAGACAUCAUUUAGUACACCAUCUACAGAAAUCAAAGAGUCAGUUCCAAAGACCAGUGAAUCAAUAACAACACAAACAUCUGAUGGCAGUUCAACUCUUACUGUUGUAGAAGUCAAAUGUGAAGCUGUUCCAACUCAAACAAGUACUCCAUCUGAGUUAGAAGAAUUGACUCCAACAAUUUCAAAAACUGAAACUGUAGCUACUCGGGUAGUAGAAGGUGCUGCAGAUGUAAAAGAACUAGUACAUGAAUUUGCUGGAGAGCAAAAACCUUUAAAUGUAAAAGACCUGAUUUUUGAAACUGAAGCUCUAGCAUCUCACGUAACAACUCCCUGGAAAGAAGCUGUAGUUACUGAAGCAGUUGAUAUUAAAGACAGUGAAAUAAUCUUACCACCGUCUAAAGAAAUACACAAAACGCCAACCAGACCGGCACCAAGCGCUCCACCUUAUGAAGAAGUGUUUGAUAGACAAAUUGAUCAGCAAAGUACUGCCUCACUAAUUCAAGAUUUUAUAUCAGCAGAACAACAACAUGAAACAACAACGCCUGUUGUUGAAAAUAAAGAAAAACCUACUAGAUCUCCCAAAAGUCAAAAGAAACGAAAGUUCUCUAAGUCUAAGAAAGUAUGUGGUACUCCAAGAACACAAAGUCCACUUAUACCCGGAGAUGAAGACGAUUUCAAUGAAAAAAUUGCUGAAGGAACAGUAGCUCUAGAAAAAUCUCCACAAGAAUUACUCGAUACCAAGGAACAUCUUGAGAGUAAAUAUACUGCAUUUGAAUUAGAACCAGUUACUCAAGUAGCUGAAAUUGAAAAGAAGCAAGAAUUAACUAUUGUUGAAUCAGAGGAAUCCAUUAAAAGUAAACCUAAAGAAUCCGAAAUUAUUGAAAAAAUUGUUGGUGGAACGACAGUGGCACUUGAAAAAUCUUCCCCACAAGAAUCAUUAGAUACUGUGGAAUAUCUCCAGGGUAAAUACACUACAUUUGAUUUAGAACCAGUUACUCAAGGAGCUGAAUUUGAAAAGAAGCAAGAAUUGGGUACUAUCGAACUAGAAGAACCUACCACAAGCAAACCUAAACAAUUUGAAACAGAACCACAAAAAACUGUAAAAGUGAAAUCAGUAUCAAAACCAUUGAUUGAAACUAUUGAUGGUUCUUCAUCUGAAGUUAUAAAAAUCCAGGAAACUGAAGAAGUUACAUCAUUAACAUCACAUCCAUCUGGAAAUGUUGAAAUGUUUUUGUCCUUGGAAGAAAAACAUCCCGAGAUAUCUUUAGCGAAAGUAGAUACUAAAGAACUUCCUGUAACAACAUCUGUAGGAAAUAAAACUGAAAAACAAAAAGGAAAAUCACAAAAACAUGAAAUUAUAGAUUUCUUGGAAAGUGAACGAACUAUUGCUGAACUUUUACCACCUAAAGAGCAGCUGAAAGCUGAAGAUACCAAAGGCAUAAGUGAAACUAUUGAAAAACCAACUGAAACUGAAGCAUCACCUUUAGAACCCAAACAAGAAACAAAGGUAAAGGAUAUUUCUUUAGUAGCAGUUACGACUAAUGAAGAUAUUAAAAAACAACCAGAAUCUCUCACUUUGGAAGUACAAACAGAAAUAGAAUGUACUGAAAUGACUAAACCUUUACAAGCAAUUGGACCAAUUGAAACAAUUAAAAAUGAGCCUAUAGAAGAAUUCAAAGAAUCAACCCAAGUUGUAGAUGUAAUCAAGGAACCAACCCAGGCUGUAGAUAUUGUCCUCUCUCUUGAAGAAAAAUAUGAAGAUUCGACUAUGGCUACACCAAAAAUGUCCGUAGCUAUGAAAAUUGAAGAAAACGCGGAUCGAGCAGUACCUGCUGAAGUAUUACAUAAAGAUAUUCACGUUCAAUUACCAGUAAUAACCUCAGAAAAACUAGAAUCUAGUGGGGUAACUGUUUCUCCUAUUAUUCCAAAACUUGAAGACGAAUAUGAAGAACCGUCAACUCCUAGUGACAUAGAUCAUGGAGGUCGACGAAGUAAAAAGAAAAAGAAACAUAAAGAAUUAGAUAAAACUCCAACUCCUACUGAACCUAAAGAAGAAUUUGAAGAGAAACCAGAAUCAAUCAUAUCUUCUCUGGCGGAGUCCACCGAAAUAUCUAUUCCGGAAAGCUCAGUAAAGUCAGAAGAGACUCCCAAACCAACAGUAGAAGAAUUCGAAUCUGUCUCAGAAUCGGAAGAAGAAACCUCCGGAAAAGGCAAGGAUACAGGUUAUGAAGCUGAUAAAACUACAGUAGAUGAAAGUUUAGCUGAUGAGGAUGACCGUGAACACAAGAAGCGACGAAGAAAGAAGCGAAAACAAAAGAUUAAAGUAAAAGAAUCGGAGGAAUCAAAUAUUCCCAAAUCUGUAUAUGAAUCCUCUCCAAUUGGUGACUCUGUGCCUUUGACAGAUGACGAACCUCCUAAAACUGAUAUAAUAAAGCCCGAAGAAACGAAAAAGACUAAAAAACGUAGAAAGGGUAAACGAAAGCAAUCAGAGAGUGAACAAGAAAUUGAAUCAGAAACUACUAUUUUUGAAGCUCAUGAUGAAGAAAUUUUAUCUCCCAAUGAAUCUUAUCACACUAUGUCUACCCCAUCUGAACCUGGUACUGUUAAAAUCAUAGAAGAGGGUAUAACAAGUCGAGCAGACAGUGAGUCACCAAAAGAGAUAACUUCAAAGAUUGUAACAACUGUUCCAGUGUUGGAAGCUGUUGUCACUCAAGAAAAUAUAUCCCAAACAUCUCCAGAUAAAAAUAUAACUGCUGAAUUUUUAGAACAAGAAAAAGUCUCAAUUGAAAAAGUAAUGGAACAAGUUUCCGUACAAACUUCUCCAGAGACACCUAAAGAAACUUCUGAAACUUGUAUACAAACAAUGGAGGAACUGACAACUGAAACUGUAAAACCUAUAGUACAGGAAAGUUCUACCCAAAUUGAGUUAGUAACAUCAGAAAUAUUAACACAAACAAGUCCAGAAACCACAUCUGCAGAAGAAAAAGUUGUCACUCAAACUACGGAAACAUCAAUGCAAACGGCUUCUCCUGAAAUACCAGAAAUAAUAGAACAAUCGGUACAGACCGUUACUCCUGAAGUUGUUGAUAUACCAAGAACUGAGUCUGCAAUUCAAACAACAGUGGUAGAAAGUCACGAGGAAUAUGCGCAAACUAAAUCGCCUGAAAUUACUACUGCAGAAAUUGCUACAGAAGCCAAACCAGAACUAACAGAGUUAGCUUCACAAACGUCUCCAGAACCUUCACCACCAUCAACAAUAGAAGUGUUACAGGAAGUAACUAAACCAAUCACGCAGGAUACUGUAGAGGUCGCAACUGAAGCUAAACCUGAAAUAGCAGAAUUUGCUUUACAAACAUCUCCAGAGCCUUCAGCUCCACCAAUAGAAGUUCUACACGAAGUGACUCAACCAAUUAUACACACGGAAACUACUGAAACCAUUACUCAGACUAGCCCAGUUAUUAUUAAAGAUAUUGGAGAAGUGACUUUCCCUACACCUAGUCCUACUCCUACACCUACCCCUACGCCAAGUUCUUCAGAACAAUAUGAGAUCCAUAUAGAAACGUCUAUAAAAGUACCUUCGGAAGAACCAGAAUCUAUGGAUGAAAAACCAACUCCACCUACAUAUGAGAAGGAACAGGAAAUUGUCAAAGAGCCGAUAAUUUUUGAAGCUAAACCAACUGUCAGUUCAAUUACCACAGCUCCAACAAUUGUGAAUAUUGACCAGAAUAUGCCAAUAUCUAAGACUGCAUCCGAUUCAGAUGAAUGGUCUUCUGAUGAACUUGAUGUGCAGGUGACUGUCGAUGGUGUUCCAGUCGAGAAACAUUCAGUUGUUACAACUUUCAUGGAAGCUGAAAGGGAUGCAGAGUUAUCCGAAAAACCCAAAAAACGUAAACACAGAAAACACAAAAAACGACAUGAAGAAAUUAAAUCUAGUGUUGAGAAAGACUUAUUUUCUGAAUUCCAAAGACAGAAUACAGUGCACGAAUUGAUGGAUCCAAAAGAUCUAUAUUCCGAGGUUGCUAAACGAGGUUCUCGAUCUUCUUCUCCAGUGCCAGAUCAGCAAAUUACACCGGGAGAAAAACAAAGGGGUGAAAGUUCUACAAAAUCUAAAGAAGAACCAGAAAAAUUGGAUAUAUCAGUUGUAUCAACGAUAUCUGCAAUGGAAGAGCAACAAACAGAUAUAAAUCAAGGAGAAGAAACAAAGGGUACUGUUGAAAUAGAAAGAACUGAAGUUAUCCAGGGAGUUCAUACGGUAGAAGAACCAAAGGAAGAAAGUCUUGAAAAAUUAGAAAUAAUUAAACAGCUGCCUAAAGAUAUCCCAGAACCGAAACAAAUACAUCCAAAAGGUGUUGAUGAAACCUUUGAUGAUAGACAAGCUGAAGUUGUGUCUAAGGUAUUCACUGAUAUAGACGAAGAUACAGUUAAACAGAUAAUAGAUACGCAAACUGCACAAAAAGAAAGUAGAGAGCCGUCACCAGAACAACAAGCUACUACCGUGAAUAUAUCAGUAUCAAUUCCACAAGAUACGUCAAGCAGUCCCGAUAUAGAAAUAGUCUCAAAGGACAUUUUAACUGAAAGUGAUGGAAGAACUCCUGUCACCACAUUUACUGUGGAUUCAAUUUUGACGGAGACUGAAUUAAAAGAUCAAAAACCUAUUGAAACCUUAACUAUAUUACAAAGUACGGAUUUUAAAGAUCAAAGUUAUACGAAAUUAGAACAAACUCCAUUACAAUCAGAUAUAGCCCCUCAUAAAUCUACUACUACAUUUAUCACAGCUUUCUUAGAAGCAGAAAAACAAUCUCAGGUUUCGCCAGAUUCUAAAUUAGAGAUAAAGGAAUCUUCUGAUGUCAAAGAGGAAGUUGUUUUUAUCAACGAUGAACCCAUUAAAUUAUCUGAAGAAGCAAAGAGUAUAGAAAAAUCAGUUUCGGGGCAACAGUUUGUGGAUUAUACCAUAGCAUCACCCGAUGAACAAAAACCUAAGAAAAUUUCAAGUAAAGUUAAAGGAAAGGGUAAGCAUGUUUCUUCAGUUACUAUAGAAGAGGUACAGGCUCCUACAAUUGUAACUGAUACUCCCUUAACUCCUGUUUCGGAUGCAGGACCACUUUCUCCGCCCGAUUAUAGCAGUUCUGUUUGGCAAAAACCAACCAGGAAAGAGGUUUCACAGAUAUUUAUUGAAAGUGAAACACAGCAAGGUCCGAUUCUGUACAAAGAAGUUAACGUUAAAUGGAAUCAAACCCAGGCGUUGGAAAGAUUUAAAAACCUACAAAACGCUAGAAGGACUACCCACUUAAGUGAUGUGCUUUAUCUUGCUACAUUGAAUGAAAUUGUUACAGACGAAACUGUGGAACAACGUAAUUACAAUGUACAACAAAACCUAAUGGUCUUACAAGAAGCAGUAGAGAAAAGAGAUGUAGUGGUUAUCCAACAAACUAUUAUCACUACAGUAGAAACGAUAACAACUUGGCUUGAAACAAUUGAAUACAGAAUUUAUGUAAACAGGCAACAAACAUCAGAAGGUCCAUCAAGAGAAAGAGUGCAAGAAUUCAAUGACUUAAAACAAGAAAUUGCUACUAUUGAAGAAAAAGUAGAACAGCUGCAAUCAGUUAUGCAACAAGCAGAUAAUAUUUAUAACGACGAUGAUAGACAAAGAAUGAAGAGUUAUAUUGAUUCCCUACAGCAACAAGUAAAGGUCAUUGAAGAGGUAACAGAAGAAAAUGAGCAAUUAGCAGCUGGAGAUCUUAAGCGUUGGGAAGAAUUCAUAAACGGCGUUUUUAAUAUUACUCAACUGGUUCAAGAAGUUAAGAGGCAACUUAGCGAACUUAAGGAUUCUGAUGCUUCACCACAGACCAAGCUAAACGAACUGGAAAAAUUAGAAAAUAACAACAGAUGCCACAUGAUGAAAGCACUACAUCUUAUAGCUGCAGCAAAAGGACUUAUGCGUGACUUCCCUACCAGGGAAAUUCCUAAGGAGGUAUACCUCAAUAAUGAAUUAACCAAACAACUUGAGCAGCAAAUAUCUAUAGAACGUGAAAAGGCACUGCAGUUCUUAUCCCUUGCUGAUGAAUACGAACAAACACUUAAAGAAUUUAGUCAAAUUAUCAUCAUUGCCGAAGCUUUAGUAGAAAGCCCUGUUUCUGUACGUAAUCUAGAGCACCUAGAAGAUGAAAUGCAAAAUCAUCGCAAAUUUUUCGUCAAUUUGAGUCAUUGCAGAGCUAUUUUAGAAUCUCUAGAGGAAAACCUUGAUUCUGAAACUAGAACAAUUCAUUCAGAACUGCAUCAAAAUCUGUACGAACGGGCUAAAGUAAUUUUAGACAAGUCAACAGGCAGAUUCCAAAUAAUGUCCUUGGCGGCGUCUAGAUGGACUGUUCUUGAGCAAGGAACAAGGGAAGAGAUCCGCUGGCUUCAAGUCGCUCAGCAACGGGUUCCUGACCUAAACACCGUCACAUCUUCAGAUUUCGAAAGAUAUAUAGACCUCUAUCAGUCCCUUGCCCUGGAUAUUGACCAUCAUCAUACAAAACUGAAACAUCUCAAUACAGUCGCACAGAAAUUGCAGGAACUUGUUUACUGCUCCGGAUUAGAACAAGCGUAUACUGAGUCCUUGGAAAUUAUACAAAAAUUAGAAGAGGACGUACAAAACAACUUAGAACGGUUGAUGGCAUUCAGAGAUACUUGGGGUUCUUAUAAUUUGUUGACAGACAGGGUAGAAUAUUGGUUAAGAGAUGCUGAAGUCCAACUUAGGAAAAUUGAAGUUCCUUCUAAUACCAGGAGCCAUUACAGGCAAUUCUGGGAACUGAAAGCCCAACAUGAGGUUAAUAAUACUGCCAAGCAGAAUGCGACAAGGUCCUUGGAAACGUCAUUGCAAAUUGUACCUAUCUCCGAUGAAAUGUUACAACGCAAAUUCCACUCGGAACUCAAUACUCAGUGGAAUAAAGUAUCCAAAAGAAUUGCAGACAUCGAAGCAUCCAUUAUCGACACGAUAUCAGCUCCAGAUAUUCCAGUGAACGAGAAAUUGGUACUUUUGGAACAAGAGCUCCAAGACUUAAAGACCGACAUCGAUAAUUUACAGGGAAUAAUAAAGACAGAGGAAGAACUAAGCCUGUAUGUUGAACGUUUACAGAUAAUGUCCACCAGGCUAGAAACUAUACAAAACGAACUUGGUCGCCUAGGAUUGCUAUCGGCAGGCGAAUCAGACAAGGUCGGCUCUCUUCUGGCUCUUUCGAAACGUCUUGAGAUUGUCAUAACAGAAGAACUAGAAAGCGGAAAUCUUCUCAAGGAACGACUCCAAGCCAUUCAGAAGGGACUAAGUAGAGUAAGGCGAAAGCACUCGGAAUUGAGCAGAAAUCUAGAUCAGUGUGAGAGUGCCGAGAAAAUGGGAAGUGAAGCUGUAGAAAAGGCCGUUAACGACUGCUACGAAGUAGGUGAAGAACUGGUAACUCUCUGGCAAGACCUAAUGUGUCUUCGUCAAUUGUUACAUACCCUUCCGAUGAGACUUAAGGUUACAGUAUCUCCAGUGAAAGUGGAACGUGAGAUUUCCCAGUUACAGGACGAUCAUACCGCUUUGGAGAAGAGAUGUGGCCAAAUCCUGGCCCUUCUCAGAGGACGCUUAGCACUCUGGCAGAGGUUCGAACGACAACUUGAACUGGUCCAACAAAGUGUCCAAGAGGCCGAUUUUAUGGUUGAACUUCUCACUGUUCAGGGAACUGUAGAUUAUGAAAGAUUAAGGAAAGCUACCGAACGAUUAGAGAGCGUGUCCGGAGACCUAGAGUCUCGCGAAAACCUGGUUGCGGAGUUGAAGAACGCAGCUAAGCCGCUAGCGGACAGCUGCUCACCUGAAGUCUCGGCCCGCGUCGAAGCGGCCGUCAACGAGGCAGUCACCGCGUACAACACUACCUGCAACAACCUGAAAGACCUCUGCACCAAGUACAGCCACGCCGCCGACCUGUGGAAGCAGUACAAGGAAGCCACUGACCUGGUGCGCGAAUGGAUUGAGAACCCCAUGGAGUCCGUGGAUAACCUGGAGCCCGAGGAGGCCAUCGAGAAGGUCAAGGUUUGCGAGGAAACUCUAGCAGCCCACACAAGACGACUAGCAGAACUGCAAGAGCUGGUUGCCGGUAUAGCAUCUGCAGUCGGCCUUGACGCCAACGCAUUGUUAGGAGGAGAAGUCCAGGCACUUGGCAAACGGUUAGAAGACGUUAGGGAGUCUCUCACGGCUCUCGCUGACGUUGCCGAGACCAAAGCCAAGGCGAAACUCGAGACGCAAGAUGAAAUUAAUGGCGCCAGAAGCUACUUAGAUUCAGUUCAAAAGAGUGUAACCAGCCUGGAAGGUGCGGAGUUAGACCCUGACACUGAGGACAAACUGUUAUCAUUAAGAGAACAUCUUUUAGCACUGAGCAAAGCCGAAGGUCAGAUUCAGAAAAUUAAGGACAAAACUAUCGAGAUUUCUACAACGAAAACCGAGACUUCUGUCAUAGAAAUCUUAGAACUUUGGCAACAGGUAUUUAGGGAAACAUUCCAGCAGUAUCAUCGUUUAAGCACUCGACUUGUUAAAAACGAGGACGGAGCAGCGGCACUGAAAUUAUGGCAAGAGUAUCUUGUUAAUGUGCAACAAUUCCUGCAAGGCACUAUUCCAGGGGACUACCACAGUCUCUCUGAACAUCAACAUCUCUGUCAAGUGCACCAAAAUCUGCUCACUACCCAACAAAAUGUGUUACAACCGGCAACUAAAACAGAGGAUCAGUUGGCAAAAGAACUAGUCGAAUCUAGUGUAAUGGAACAGUUUAAUUCUCUAACCAACUUGCACAACGAAACUUUAUCCAGGAUUAUAGAUAGGCAUUCGGAAGUUCAGAAUCGUCUAAACGCUUGGGAGCGAUACAAAGAGGAUCAAAACAAUCUUCUAAACUGGUUAAAGAACAUUGAAAAGGAACGUGAACAUAUGCAACUCAGAUAUAUGCAUAUAAGACGCAUUCCCAAACUCCUAUCUCGAAUAGAAAACCUUCUGGAGAAGCUGCCACAAGGAGAAGAACAAGCGGACAACCUACAGAGACAACAAAAUCUCCUUCUUCAAUUCUGUGAUGACGCUCUAGCCACUUCUAUUAGGAUGGAACACGUCGCGAUCAAACAACGCAUUUCCAAUUUACAAGCUGGUCUGCACACUUGGAAAGAAUUCUUGGAACGCAUUUCUCUUCUAGUCAAAACUCACGAGGAACGUGUGGCGAAAGUACAGAAAACCUUUGAUAACAUCCAGGAUGUUAUCAAUGAGUCUGAUACUCAGGCACCGACAUCUCACGCAGGUGUUAGCAGCCAUCUAGAUAUUUUGCAUAGAGCAAGAGAUAGACUGAAUAUAACGAACCAAGACUUAGAACAGUUAAUUUUAACACAAGAGCAACUAAAGGAGUGUCUUAGCCCUUCUGAUACAAAAACAAUAAACCAAAGAAUGUGGCUAAUAUUACAUCAGAAAGGUGAUUUAGAGCAUCAACUAGCAACGUUGUGCCAUAAAUUGGAAGAAAAAUUAGGAAUGCGGUCAAUGUUCGAGGCUAGACAAACUAAAUUUAUCAGUUGGGUAGAUGAAUUAGAAAAACGUCUAAUUCAAGAAACUGAGGGCACUCCUGCUGUAGCUGAUCCUAGAGAGAUUCUAAGACGGUUGGAAUCUGAAUUGCAAGCAGAAAUGGCAUUAAAAGAACGAGAAUAUAAUUGGCUGCUUAAGACGGGACAAGAACUUGUAGAUUCCUGUGGAGAAGAGUAUGCUGAUGUAACGGCCAAACAAAUAAUUCAAGCUCGAACUGAUGAGGUAUCUGUUAGAUGGGAAAGGCUUGAAAAUUUAGGAAGAAGUCGCGCUAACAAAAUACAUGAUCUGAUGCAAACAAUUUUGCAGUUAGAGGAACGAAUAGCACAAAUUAGAGCUUGGCUUAACCAGAUAGAACUGCAAUUAGCAAAACCGUUGAUUUUUGAAGCAUGUACCAAAGAUGUAAUAGAUCGUAAACUCCAAGAACAUGAUAAACUCAAGAAAUCAAUAGAAAAUGAGAGUGGUAACAUAGGAGAAGUACUUAAUCUUUGUGAAUUACUUUUAAAUGAUCCUGAUGUUAAUAAAGCUCAUUUUUCCACAGAAAAUAUUGCAGUCGCAAUUCAAAACUUAGAAAAGAGAUGGAAAAUUGUCUGUGGACAAUCAGCCGACCGCAAGAGAAAGAUUAGUUUCAUCUGGAAACUACUUCAAGAGGUUUUAAAGUUAAGCAGUGAUCAAGAACAAUGGCUAGUGGAAAAAGAGCAACACAUCAAAGAUCUUGAUAAACCUCCCAAGAAACUCAGCAGAGAAGAGAUACAAGAACUCAUAUAUGUUGUUGAAAAUGAAAUAAAAGAUUAUGAAUCUCGUACACCUGCUUUCCAAAUUCUCGAACAAACUUAUUCUAAACUGGCCACCGCAACAGGCAUAGAACCAGAAAACAUUCAAGAAUUAACUUCUCGAGCACGUGUAAUCAUUGCAAGAUGGGAAAACCUUAUGCCGAAAGCACAAGCCAUUUUACAGAGGUUACAAAUUGAAUUAAUUCCGUUUAGGGAAUUUUCACUGGCACAUGAAGAUGCAGUAGUUGGAUUGAGCAAAAUUGAUGCCCAAUUAACAGAACUGCAACAUUUAGCUCCUCCAGAAAAAGUUCCACCUAAGGAACGUUUACAAAGGCUACAGGCAAUUGAACAACAGUUAAUAACUCAAACUCCUAACUUAGAAACUGCUGAUAAACUGGGGUUACAAAUAAUGAAAAAGAGUAAAAAACAAGAAGUGACAAAGAUACAAGAAAUGAUUGAUGAAUAUCAAAUUCUCUGUAAGGACGUCCAUGAAAGAAUAACUUUGAUUAAAACUGAAAUAGCAAACCAGAUCAAACAAGAGCCUCGAGAGGUUGAUGAAAGUGUGCAAGUUGAGACUUUGAAAUUUGAGCAAGAUACCGCUGUCCAAGUUAAUACUUUGCCACCUCAGUUGCAAAGAAUGACGUCAAUCAGUGCCAAAGAUGCAUAUUUGGUUGAACUAGAAGCUGCCAUAGUCGAGUGCAAAGAAAAUCUUACUGAACUGGAAUCAUUUGUAAAGAAAGAAAUUCCUAAACAAGGAUCACCAGAACUACCAACCAGUAGUAAGAAAAUUGCCAAAAUGUCAGCCAAAUGUCAGGCAAGCACUGAACUUAUUAAACAUCUACAUGACCUACUUAUAAAUGAGUGUGAUGCCACUGAAAUUGAGGCUUGCUCGGAAGACGUUCACAUUUUGAUAGAACAGUUUGAUAUACUGCUAAUAAAAGCUAAAGAAAAGGAACAGAAACUAAGAGAACUUAGAACUACUAUCUCCGAUGCUUAUAAUCUUUUAUGCACACAUGAGGCUGGUCGACUUCUGUGCCCCUUAUGUACAAAACGCAAUUGGGCCCAACUGGACAAUGACUUGUGGCGUUUAGAAAAAUGGUUGCAGGUAGCAGAAGGUACCCAAAAAGCACACAAGAAUCCCCCUACCAACAUUGAGCAACUCGAAGAUGUUAUCCAGGAUCAAAGAGAAUUCCUGCUCGACCUUGAUAGUCACAGGAGUAUUGUAAGAUCGCUUAAUAUUGUUGGCACACAUUUGGCUGACCAUACUGAAGACACUGCGAAAGCAACUGAGUUAAGAUCGCGAUUAGAAGCUGAUAAUAAGAGAUGGGAUUUGAUCUGCCGUCACGCUACCGAUUGGCAAAUACAACUUCAAAGAGCGCUCAUGGAUAACCAACAAUUCCAUAACAUAAUAUCCGAAUUGUGUGUGUGGUUAGAGAAAAACGAGAAGAAAAUUCGUGCUUCAGAACCUGUAGAUUUGACUGCGCCUAUCGAAACGAUUGAAUUGAAAUAUCAUAACUUCCUCGAAUUGCGAGCAGAAUUGGAAAGAUGUGAACCUAGAGUUCUAAGUCUUCAGGAAGCUGCCAAUCAGUUACUAAGAGAAGAAGAUGCCCCAGAGGGGUCAAGCUUAAUUUGCAGAAGGCUGACUGAACUCAGGCUUAAACUACAAUCACUGAUAAGGCUAACAAGUGUUUAUACACUGAAAUUAGGCGCAGUCUUGGGACGGGACCCCAAUGAAAUAGGUUUGGCAAUUGCAGCUAGUCCAACAGUAGGCGCACCCUUACAUUCACUGAGUUAUAACCUUUUGGACCAACCAAGUCAGGACCAUCCAUCAACCUCUGCACCAGAUGAUUCCGUUCACAAUGGUUCUGAGGACGAUAUAGAAAUAAACACUUCAGUGCUAAGAAGAGGAUACAGAUUUUUGGGUAGAGUUGUUAGAGCUUCUGUUCCUAUUCAAGCCCUCAUGUUACUAAUGUUAGGGGCUGCUUCUCUAGUUCCUUAUUCUGAAGAUGACUAUUCUUGCUCACUAGUCAACUCGAUAGCAAAUAGUCUUACUCCUACUUUACGAUAUAAUGAUGGACCGCCUCCAAUAUAAACUACUGGAAACAAUACUCAUUGUAUACUACAACAAGCCUCUAAAUUCAUUCCAAUUUAUUUGAAGAUUUUAAUACAUACACCAAAUUCAUCUCCAACAAGUUUUAUUUUGCUUGUGUUUUAAAAUCUUUAACAUUACUUUUUUAAGUUUAAGAAUUUCGACUUUUGUACUAUUUUGUAAAUAAACGUGACUUAUUUCCAUGGAUUUUGAAUUCUGGCAGCUUAAAUAUGAUGUGACACAUUAAAAUAUUGACUAGAAUUUGUAAUAUUCUUUAUAUAUAUUAGUAGUAUUAGUUUUUGUAUUAUUAUGCGACAAAUUGUACAUUUUAUUCACUUUUAUCUGUAUAUUGGGGAAACGCACAAAAGUGUGCUAAAAGUUUAUGAUAUAUAUUUUUUAUUGUUGUUUUAUAAAUUUUUAUUGAUGGUUGUGAAAAUUAAAGUUUGUAAAUCAAAGGAGUGGAACACUUUGAUUCACAAAUAAAUUAAUUUUACUGUGAUGAUUAUCUCGGUUUAUAUAAAAAAAUUCAAAAUGAUCUCUCCACAUUUUGAUUUUUUUACAUUUUUUCGAAUCUAACCAAUACAGUUUCCUCUCCAGAACUGUAUGGUAAAUAAAUGCUUGAAAUAAAUAACUCCCAAUUUAUUUUAAGCAAAAUCUCCACUAAACCGAGAUAGGAAUAUAUGCCUUAAAGAAUGUUUUUUUAUUAUUUCUAUUGUUGCUUUUGCAUAUUUUAUUUUUCUGGUCACGGUGCUAUAAUUUUUUGUUAACCGUGUUAACAUUUUUAAAUUGCUUUUGACUAUAUAGAUGCUUCAAUGUGUUUAGGAACCCAUUUAUAAAAAGAUAGGAUUGUUUUCGCAAUAAGUUUAUUACUUUAUUUGGCAUCUUAAUAUUAUAAUAUAUGAUGUUUAAUUUAUAAAUAUAAUUUAAAAAUUACAAAAU